CACAUACUUCGGCGAUUCAGUUACCACCAAGGCGAGUUCGAGAGUGAAUAUCGAAAAGAACAACAAACACGAUACCACCGUCGUACGCAUACUUAGCGAAAGAUAUUUUCGGAAAUCACUUAUAUACACGUAUAGAGAGCGUGGAGAACCUGUGCGAGACAACUCAGAUCGCGGGUGUCAAUUAAUAUAAUUGUUUAAACCUGUGUCACGUGCGUUUUCAGUUCAGGUUUUCACCGUUUUCCGUUGGACCGUCUUUUAUGUUUUAAUUUUUUUUUUCAAUUCGUUUAACGCGUGUGGAAUCGCCAGGAUAUAAGAGCCAGUGAACGAAUUCGGUAUUGACCGACCGUCCUGCCGGGGCGCGAGGAGACUUGUGCGUUAGUCAUGAACCAACAACAACAGCAAAAACAGAUUACCACCACCUCCACCUCCUCGAUGUCCACGGGACAGAGGAGCGUGAACCGUACCGAACAACAGGUCACGAGACAAUUCACGCAGACUACACAGAGACAAGUUCACGAAGGGUUUAUUGUACACCAGUCUACUCCAAAAUUUGGAAAUGACGCUGCUCCGCCAGUAUUUGAACAGAUAUUCAAAAACGCCAGAUUCGCCCAAGGUGGAAAUGCCGUUUUUGAAGGAAAGGUUACCGGUAUUCCAAAACCUUUUGUCUCAUGGACCAGGAAAGGCGCUCCGCUAUUGGAGUCAUACAAAUACAAGAUGACGUAUGAUCAACAAACAGGGAAUGUUGUUCUUACGAUCAAUCAAAUCGGUCCAGGAGAUGAAGGGGAAUACACAUGUUCGGCGCGCAAUCAAUACGGCGAAGCAAUUUGUUCUGUUUUCAUUCAACCAGAAGGUCAUACUGUUCAAAUACCUCAAGGCACGUAUGGUUCGCAGCGAGUACAACAAACACAGAAUACGCUGUAUACAAAUAAUUAUUCGAACAUCGAUGAAGAUUUCAAAGUCGAUACUUUCGAAUAUCGCUUACUCCGUGAAGUGUCCUUCAGACAGUCUGUCACCAAAAGGUACCUGGGUGAAGAGGAUGUCAAGUUUACUAGCAGCGCACACCAAGGCCCGGUCGUCGCACCCCAAGUGCUUCAGAAACCGCGUAAUUCAAAAUUGGUAGAAGGAUCAAACGCUACGUUUAACGUAAAAGUGUCAACAGCUAAGGAUACAAGGUUGACUUGGUUCAAGAACGGUCAGAGACUCGUAAAUGGACCAAAACACCAGAUAAAUUUCACCAACCAAAUCGCUACACUUUAUAUACCACAAGUUAACUGUGAGGAUUCUGGGCAUUACACUCUGCUUGUAGAAAACCCACAAGGCUGUGUAGUUUCUUCUGCGUAUCUUGCUAUAGAACCGAUGCAGAUAGCAUAUGACAGAACAGAAGACAAGGAGAAUGUAAUAACUAAAACUCAUAACAAGCUUGAGUCUAUAGAAGUAGUCGAGGGCAAGAUGUUGGCACCAAACUUUGUGCGUGUUUGUGGUGAUCGUGACGUGACCGAAGGAAAAUUGACACGUUUCGAUGUUCGUGUUACGGGCAAACCGUAUCCCGAAGUUUCAUGGUAUAUAAAUGGUCAGCAAAUUAAGGACGACGCAACGCACAAGAUAUUGGUUAACGAAUCUGGUGACCAUGGUUUGAUGAUAACUAAUGUGUCUCAAGCAGAUGCAGGUCAGGUGGUUUGUGUCGCAAGAAGUAAAUCCGGAGAAACUUCUUUCCAAUGUAAUCUGGGAGUCAUUGAAAAAGAACUUGUAGUUGCUCCAAAGUUUGUACAACGUUUUACACCUUUAAAUAUAAGUGAAGGAGAAACAGUUACGUUGAGCGUCAGAGCUGUUGGUACCCCAGUACCAAGAAUAACAUGGCAAAAAGAUGGUGUAAACAUCAGCGAACAACCUGGAAUGGUGUCUGUAUGGACCGAAGGAGGUGGUUCAGUAUUAGAAAUAGCAAGAGCUGCUCCAACAGACGCAGGUUGGUAUCAAUGUACAGCCCAAAACACGGCUGGAUCAACAGCAACAAGGGCUCGCCUUAACAUCAUAAGAAAACCUCGCCCUGAAGACUUCUCCGAAGACCGACGUCUUAGGCUGCCAAAACCAACACGAGUCAUUGAACCUGAGCCUGAGCCAGAACCAGAAGUCGUUUUCCUAAAACAUGUUGAGAGAGCAAAAUACCAUACUCCUCGACCGGAAGAAGACAAGAUUUAUCCACCACCAAGGUUCAUUGUUCCACUCGCGAACAUUACUCAACAAGAAGAUGGUCGAAUUCACUUUGAGGCUAGAAUUGAACCCAUCGGAGAUCCAACGAUGGUGGCUGAGUGGUUUGUAAAUGGUUACCCAUUACAAGCAAGUUCGAGAGCUAUGACUUUAUUAAAUUACGGUUUCAUAGCUUUGGAUUUGUUGAGCAUUAUAUCCGAUGAUGCUGGAGAAUAUACAUGUAGAGUGACCAGUAGCUCUGGAACAGCUCAAUCUACUGCUGUUCUUAAAGUUGAAGGGAGAGAUGAAAUCGAUAAAUCCAGUCAAUAUCCAGACAGUUUAAAAUAUAUUGAACAAUUAGAAGAUUAUUCCAAAUAUCAAAGAAGUGAUAGUUAUGAUGAAGUUCAGCCAUUACCACCCACUUUAGUUAAAUCAUUACAUGAUAUGGGUGAUUUACAAGAAGGUAGAAAUGCACAUUUCGAAGCUCAGCUUAAUCCAGUUAGUGAUCCAACUAUGAAAGUAGAGUGGUAUAAAGAUGGAAAACCUAUUACAGCAAGUUCAAGAAUAACAACAAUAUUUAAUUUUGGUUACGUUUCAUUAAAUAUUAUGCAUCUUCGUGCAGAAGACAGUGGAGAGUAUACUCUAAGAGCUAUAAACCGAUGGGGAGAAAUUAUCAGCACAUCAACAUUAAAUGUUAUUGCUCAUAGCAGUAUUACAGGUGAUUUAGGCUACCCUGAACAGCAAAGGUAUAUUGAUCAAACUGAAGCUUUGGAACAAUCUUACCUACAACAAAAAAAUCAAGAAUAUAAAAUAAGUGCACCUGAAAGUGUUGCACCACCACAAUUUAAAACGCCAAUUAAAGAUCAGCAAAACAUUAAAGAAGGUGGUUUUGCUCAUUUUGAAGCAAGAUUAGAACCAUUAGGAGAUUCAACGCUUCAAGUAGAAUGGUUAAAGGAUGGUAAACCAGUUGAAGCUAGUUCAAGAAUGACUGUAUUCUUCAACUUUGGAUAUGUUGCAUUGACAAUAAAAUAUGUAACUGUUUUUGAUAUUGGAACAUAUACUUGCAGAGCUUUUAAUAAUUUAGGUGAUGCUUCAACAUCUGCUACAUUGACUGUUCUGACUAAAAAAGAUGUAGUACAAGAUAGCCAACACCCUGGAGGUCUCGAACGAUUCCAAUAUUUGGAAGAUUCAAGAAAGAAUAAACGAAAGGCAGAAGAAGAAACAGUUAUUACACAAAAACCUAGAUUUCUUGGGCCAUUAAAAGGAACAAAUAAAAUUGCCGAAGGGCAAAGAGCUCAUUUUGAAGUUCGAGUAGAACCUCAAAAUGAUGUAACUAUGAAAAUUGAAUGGUACUUUAAUGGAAAAGUAAUAAUGAGCGCUAAUAGAAUUCAAACAUAUCAUGAUUUUGGUUAUGUCGCUUUGGAUAUUCUUGGAGUAAGAGCCGAAGAUAGUGGUACAUAUGUGGUUGUUGCAAGGAAUGCCUUAGGAGAGGCUCAGCUGUCAGCCACAAUGCAAGUUGAAGUUCGUUCAAGUAUUGAUACAUCUACUAUGCACCGUGGAGUAGUUGAAAAAGCUCCUUAUCUUGAAUCUAAAAAGUUCACUGAACCUCAGUAUGAUAUUGAAGAAAUUUCAAAGUCAAGACCUAUAUUUAUACAACCUUUAAGUGAUCCUGCACCAUUGAAUGAGGGUAAAAAUGUUCAUUUGGAAUGUCGUCUUGAGCCUAUGGGUGAUCCCACAAUGAGAGUUGAAUGGUUCCAAAAUGGAAAACCUGUAACAGUUGGUUCAAGAUUCCGUACGUAUUAUGAUUUUGGAUAUGUUGCUUUGGAUAUCAUACAUGUCACAUCAAUUGACUCUGGUGAAUACACUGUGAGAGCUACAAACCAUUUAGGAUCAGCUCAUACAUCUGCCUGUGUCAAUGUAUUAUGUCGAUCAGACAUUUUAACUGAAAGUCAAAAUGAGUAUGCAUUAGAGCAGAUACAAAUGUUAGAAGAUGCAUCAAGAUAUCAAAAAAUGACAAUUGAAGAAGAAAGUAUUAUGCAAGGGCCACAGUUCACUAAACCAUUACAUAAUAUACAGACAUCUGAAGGUACAAACGUGCAUUUGGAAUGUAGAUUAAAACCGGUUGGAGAUCCAACUAUGAAAAUAGAUUGGCUGGUCAACGGACGUCCAGUCAAAACAGGACAUAGGUUCCGCCCUGCCUAUGAUUUUGAUUAUGUAGCAUUGGAUUUGUUAAGUGUAUAUCCUGAAGAUUCUGGAGUGUAUACUUGCCAAGCUAGAAACGAAAUGGGUGAAGCUGUUACUUCCAGCUCAGUGAAAGUGAUUGCUAAACAGAAUUUAAUAUUAGAUUCACAACAUCCACAUGGUCUAGAAAAAAUACAAUAUCUAGAAGAUUCUGCAAGAUACAAAAAAGCUGAAAUGAUUGAAGAAUCUGUUAAAAUAAGACCUCGUUUUUUGACCAAACCAAAGAAUGUAGAAAAUUUAAAAGAAGGACAACAUGCUCAUUUUGAAUGUAAAUUAGAACCAGUCACUGAUUCUAACCUAGAAGUUCAGUGGUUUAAAAAUGGAAAACCAAUAAUUAUUGGCCAUCGCUUUAGACCUAUCCACGAUUUUGGAUAUGUAGCCUUAGAUAUCAUAGAUGUCAUUGAAGAAGAUUCUGGAACUUAUACAUGCCGUGCUGUUAAUUUACUUGGUGUUGAUGAAACAAAUGCCCAUCUAACAUGCAGAAGUUCAUCACGUAUUGUAACAGAAACUCAAAACGAAAUGGGUCUGGAACAAAUUCAAUAUCUUGAAGAAAAAUCUAGAUACCACAGAAGAGAAGACAUUGAAGAAACAACCACUCAGGCUCCAAUUUUCACUACUUCAUUGAAACAUUGUGAUAUUAAAGAAGGCCAACGAGCUCAUUUUGAAUGUAGAUUAAUUCCAGUAUCUGAUAACACCAUGAAAGUUGAAUGGUUCCACAAUAAUGUUCCAAUUAAAUUUGGAUCUCGAUUUACCGAAACCAAUAACUUUGGAUUUGUUGCAUUGGAUAUUCUUCAAUGUUUACCUGAAGAUUCUGGCACAUAUACAUGUCGUGCAACUAAUUGGCUAGGACAAUCUAUAACAUCAGGAAAUCUCAACGUUCAAUCGAGAAAGUCAAUUUAUUUGGAAUCACAACAUGAAGAUGCAUUAGGUCGUUUAGCUCAGCUUGAAAACUCAAACCGUUAUCAACGUCAAUCAAUUAUAGAAGAUGUAGUAACACAAGCUCCAGUAUUUACUCAACCUAUGAGAGAUAUUACUAUGAUUGAAAGUCAGCCUGCUCAUUUUGAAGCAAGAUUAAUACCAGUGGGUGAUGAUAAAUUAAAAGUAGAAUGGUUAAGAAAUGGAAUCCCUAUUCAAGCAUCUAAUCGUGUAUCAACAAUGCAUGAUUUUGGUUAUGUUGCUCUUAAUCUUAAAUAUGUUUAUCCUGAGGAUUCUGGUACUUACACAUGCAGAGCUAUAAAUGAUUUAGGACAAGCAGUUACCUCAGCCACACUGAAUGUGCAUUCUAAAGCUUCUCUUCAAUUGGAAAGUCAACAUGAAGCAGCAUUAGAUAAAUUAAGGCAGCUCGAGGAUUCUAGUAGGUACAAACGAGUAGAACAAAAAGAAGUGGAAGUUACUGAAGCGCCUAAGUUUAUUGUGCCAUUAAAUGGAACUGAAAGUUUGAUUGAAGGUCAAAGUGCCCAUUAUGAAUGCCGUAUUGAACCUUAUCCUGAUCAUACACUACAAUUAGAAUGGUUACACAAUGGGAAACCAUUACAAACAGGACAUAGGUUUAGAACAACUUAUGAUUUUGGUUUUGCGUCAUUGGAUGUUUUAUCAGCUUUACCAGAAGAUUCUGGAGAAUAUACAUGUAGGGCUAUUAAUAAACUUGGAAGGGCUGAGUCGUCAGUUAAGCUGAGUGUUCAAUCUCGAGCAUCGAUUAUUAGUGAUACUCAACACCAAGGAGCUUUGAACAAAAUACAGUAUUUGGAAGAUGACUCUAGAUUUAAAAGAGCAGCUGCUGAAGACGUUCUAAUGACAGAGAAACCACAAUUUGGACGACCUCUUAAGAAUAUAGAACAUCUUCCAGAGGGACGAAGUGUACAUCUUGAAGCUACAUUAAUUCCAGUUAAUGACCCAACUAUGAAGGUUGAGUGGUUUAGAAAUGGAAUACCAAUUCCUCAAGGCCACAGAUUUAAGACAGUUUAUGAUUUUGGAUUUGUUGCUUUGGAUGUACUUUAUGCUUAUCCUGAAGAUUCAGGUACAUACAUGUGCAAGGCCAAAAAUGCUGCGGGAGAAGCAGUUACUACUUGUAUUGUAACAGUCGAUUCUAAAUCGGGUCUACAGUUAGACACAUUGGAUGAAGAUAGAUUAAAAAAGAUUAAACAACUUGAAGCUUAUGAAAGACCUACAGCUCAAGAAGCUGUAUUUGAACUUCAAAAACCAGUAUUCCUCACACCUCUUAACAGUCUUGAAUUACUGAAAGAAGGAGAACACGCUCAUUUAGAAACUCGAAUUGAACCAAUUAAUGAUGCUGAUUUGAAAAUCGAAUGGUUCGUUAAUGGAGUAGCAAUUAAAACGGGUCAUCGUUUCAAGACUACACAUGAUUUUGGAUAUGUUGCAUUGGAUAUUUUAUAUGCAUAUGCUGAAGAUUCCGGUACUUAUAUGUGUAAAGCCACCAAUAAAAAAGGAGAAGCAGUAAAUACUUGUCAAAUUAAUGUUGCCUCUCGUAGAAGUAUCUACUUAGAAACGCAGCAUCCUGAUGGAUUAGAAAAGAUUCGUGAACUUGAAGCGCAAGGGCGCCCAGCAAAACUUGAAAUUGAUGAGCCUCCACCAACAGCGCCAUCAUUAACUGAUCUAUGGGGCACUACUGAGGUAGCUGAAGGAAAAACAGCCCACUUUGAGUGUCAAGUUAAACCUGUACACGAUUCUAAAUUGAAAGUUGAGUUCUUCCAUAAUGACAAACCACUUGGAUCUGCUUCUCGUUUCCAUACUACAUAUGAUUUUGGUUACAUAUCUUUGGAUAUUGGCCAUGUUGUUCCUGAAGAUGCUGGAAAGUAUACCGUUAAAGCUACCAAUGAAUUGGGUCAAGCCACUUCAAAUAUUAAUUUAUUAGUUCAAGGAGGUGGAAGUAUAAUUUUGGACUCUCAAAGACCUGAAGGAUUAGAAAAAAUAAAAGAGUUAGAAAUGGCUGUACCUUUUAAACGUGCAGAUUAUUCAGAACCUAUUUCAAAACAAAGACCAAUGUUCACACAACCUUUACAAAAUAUUGACAGCAUAAAUGAAGGACAAACAGCUCACUUUGAAUGUCGUCUCAUCCCAAUAGGCGAUUCAUCAAUGACAGUCGAAUGGUUUAGAAAUGAAAAACCAUUAGAAACAAGUUCAAGGAUUACAAAAACAUAUGACUUUGGUUAUAUAUCUCUAGAUAUUUCUCAUGUUAGAGAUGAAGAUAAUGGGGUAUAUAGUUGUAAAGCCACAAAUGCUCUUGGAGAGGCAGUUUCGACAGCCUCUAUGAGAGUUAGAACAAAAUCUGAUAUUCAGUUAGAGAGUCAACAUCCAGAAGGUCUUAAAAAAAUUGUUGAAUUAGAACGCGGUCAAGAACCAUUGAAGAGAGAAGAGGCAGAAAGAUCAUUUGAAAAACCAAUUUUCACACAACUUCUUACAGGUCCUUCAGAGCUUAUUGAAGGUCAACAUGCUCAUUUUGAGUGUAGAGUUGUACCAGUAGGUGACCCAACAUUACGUUUUGAGUGGUAUGUUAAUGGAGUCGAACUAAAAAUGGGUUCAAGAUUCCAUGUAACAAACGAUUUUGGUUUUGUAACAUUAGACAUCAGCUCAACUGUUGCAGAAGAUUCUGGAGUUUAUACAUGCAAAGCAAUUAACAGGGCUGGAGAAGCUGUUUCUUCCACUUCCAUGAAAAUAAAACAUCGUUCUUCAAUUAUUCAUGAACCAUUACAACCUGAUGCAUGGGAAAAAAUUCAGCUUAAAGAAGCAGAAAUGAAUAAAGUUCCUGAAAUGUUCAUUGAUACUAGACCACAACAAGCACCUGUUUUUACUUCACAUUUGCAAAAUCAAGACCGUUUAGCUGAAGGUCAGCAUGUUCAUUUAGAAGCUCAAGUAGAGCCUAGAGCAGAUCCUAAUCUUCGAAUUGAAUGGUUCAAAAAUGGAGUCGCAUUGACUACUGGCUCAAGAAUACGUAGCACUUUUGAUUUUGGUUUAGUCACAUUAGCAAUAAACAGUUUGAGACCAGAUGAUACAGCUAUCUAUACAUGCAAAGCAACAAACAUUUUGGGUGAAGCUGUUUCAACGUGUACAUUAAAAAUAUCGGAUAGUCAUUGGUUAAUAAGUAACACUUUACACCCUGAAUCUCUUUCAAAAAUUGAAGAUUUGGAAAAACCACAUGCUGGACGAGUUGAAGGACCAGAGCCAGUUUUUGAAAGUCCCGUUUUCAUUUCUCAUCUUAAUAACUGGGAAUGUAAAGAAGGAAAUGAUGUUCAUUUUGAAUGCCAAGUAGAACCUUCCAAAGAUCCGACUUUGAAAAUUGAUUGGUUUGUAAAUGGAAAACCACUUCAAAGUGCAGCUAGAUUCAAGUCGGCCUAUGAUUUUGGUUUUGUCACAUUAGAUAUACAUCACGCAUACUCAGAAGAUUCUGGAAUAUACACUUGUAGAGCUAGUAAUAGCAAAGGUCAGGCUGUAACUACUGGAACAUUAAAAUGUACAGGUCUCCAAGGCAUUCAUUUAGACACACAACAUCCACAAGGAAAAACUGGAUUAGAAAAGGUACAAAAAGUGGAAGAUAAUCUUGCUUCUAAAUAUCAACGUCAAACAUCUUUGCCUGAAGCAACUUUCCCAAAACCAAUAUUUGUUGUACCUCUUGAAGCUGAAUUCAUAUUAGCUGAAAGUAAACCACUGCAUUUGGAGGCACAAGUUGAACCCAAGAAUGACCCCAAUCUGAAAAUUGAAUGGUACUUUAAUGGAAAAGUACUUGAUUUAGGAUCACGUUUUAAGACAAACAACGAUUUUGGUUUUAUAAGUUUGGAUUUAACUGAUGUAUAUGAACGAGAUCAAGGAGUGUAUACCUGCAAAGCAUAUAAUCAUUCUGGAGAAACAUAUACUUCAACAACUGUAUAUUGCAGUAGCAACAAGGGAUUGAUCGAGCAUACGCAACAUCCAAAAGGAGAAGAAGGUUUGGAAAAAAUUCAAAGUUUAGAAGAAUCUCUACAAAGGCAAAAACAAGGAAUUACAGACAAAGAGACUGGACAUGCGCCUGUUUUCACUUCACAAUUCAAAGAUCUUGGAUUCUUAAGCGAAGGUGAAAUUGCUCAUUAUGAAGCUUCAUUAACACCUGUUGGUGAUCAGAAAAUGGUUGUUGAAUGGUUCUACAAUGGAAAUGCUAUUGAAGCUAGUCACCGUAUUCGUACAAUAUAUGCAUUUGGAAUGGUUGUUCUUGAAAUUCUUGGUACUAAAAUAGCUGAUACAGGAACUUAUACUUGUAAAGCAACGAAUGACUAUGGAUCUGCAGAGAUGAGCGUUACACUAGAAUGUGUUGAAAGAAUAACUGGUCAAAAACCAAAAUUCACUUCUCAAAUUCAGACUCUAGUUGGCUUAAAGGAUGGAGAUUCUGCACAUUUUGAAUGCACAUUAAUACCGGUCAAUGACCCAGAUUUAAAAGUAGAAUGGUUCCACAACGGUAAACCAUUAUUACACAAAAAUCGCGUAAAAAUGAUUUCCGAUUUUGGAUUUGUUGUCAUGGAUAUAGCAUAUAUACAAAAUCACGAUUCUGGAGAAUAUAUGUGUAAAGCAAGCAAUAAAUAUGGCGAAGAUAUAACUAAAGCCACUAUCCAAUACUCUGGAAAAGGUGGUGUGUAUUUAGAUUCACUGCAACCUACUUCCUUAGCUAGAAUUCAAGAAUUAGAAAAUGCUACAGGACAACCAGUUGGAUUUGCAUCAUCUCCUGUAUCAGAAGCUCCUAAAUUUACAACUCAAUUGGUUGACAUAACAAAUUUGAAAGAAGGGCAAAGUGCUCACUUUGAAGCUCGAGUUACACCAGUGAACGAUCCAAAUCUUGUUGUUGAAUGGUAUUUCAAUGGUGAAAAGCUACAACACGGUCAUAGAUUUAGAACAUUCCAUGAUUUUGGUAUAGUAAUAUUGGAUAUAUUGUAUUGUUAUGAAGAAAACUCUGGUGUAUACGAGUGUAGAGCAUUUAAUAAAGCAGGAACUGAUACCACUAAGGCAAAUCUACGUUGUACCUCCAAAACUAAUUUGAUCUUAGAUUCCCAACUUCCUCGAGGAAUGGAAGGAGGAUUAGAAAAAAUUCAAACUCUUGAAGAUUUAACUCUCAGAGUUAAAGAUGAAAAAGUUUCUGUGGAAAAUCGUCAAGCUCCAAUGUUUACUGAACCAUUAUCUAAUAUUGAUAGUUUACGAGAAGGUGAAAGUGCACAUUUUGAAGGUCGCCUUACACCUGUUGAUGAUCCUAACUUAAAGGUGGAAUGGUUCUGGAAUGGAAAACCAUUAAAAGCAGGUUCUAGAUUCAGAACUUUCUGUGAAUUUGGUUUUGUUAUAUUGGAAAUAUCUCCAGUAUAUCCUGAAGAUUCUGGAGAAUAUUCAUGCCGAGCUUCCAACCAUUAUGGUGAAGCUGUUACUACAGCCAACAUGAAAGUUCAAGGAAAGAGAAGUAUCAUUGUGGAAUCGCAGCUUCCAAAAGGAAUGGACACUACUAUUGAUAGAAUUGCAGAACUUGAAGGUCUUGGAAAAUCAAGGGCACCUAUUGAAACUGAAGACGAUCUGGGAAGAGCACCAGAAUUCAUUACAACUCCAGCUGAUCUAAGUUUGUCAGAAAAUUCGUUGGCUCAUUUUGAAUGUAGACUUGUACCAUCAAAUGAUGCUAGCAUGACAGUUACUUGGUUCCAUAAUGGCAAAGUGUUAUCAGCUGGAUCACGCAUAAAAACAAUUAAUGAUUUUGGAUUUGUUAUCCUUGAAGUAGCUGGUGUUUAUAUUAGAGAUUCUGGUCUAUAUACUUGCAAGGCUACCAAUAAACAUGGAGAAGCAACAGUGACGUGUAAGUUACAAGUUAAAGGCCGGCAAGGUAUAGUUUUAGAACCUCAAUUACCUAACACAUUCAGAUCUGGCACAAAAAGUAUUCAAAAGCUUGAAGAGAAUAUGUAUAAACGGGAAGAAAUAUUGGCUGAAGAUGAAAAACCAAAUCCUCCUAGGUUUACUGUAGAACUGAAGGAUGCAUUGGAUGUACAAGAAGCCAAAUCUGUUCAUUUUGAAUGUAGAGUAGAACCAGUUAAUGACUCUACAUUAAGGAUUGAUUGGUUUUUCAAUGGAAAACCUUUUGCUACUGGUUCACGUGUACAUGUGAUAAAUGAUUUUGGAUUUAUAUCUUUGGACAUGGAUUAUGUUUACUCCCGAGAUUCUGGCGAAUAUAUAUGCCGUGCAACAAAUAAAUGGGGAACUGCCUUUACAAAAGCAAAAUUAACAUGCAUUGCCAAACAAAAUGUUAUAUUAGAGUCACAAUUACCAGAAGGCAUGAGCGGAGAAAAAUUAAAAGCGUUAGAGCAAGGGCCAGUACAAGAAAAAAAAAUCCAUGAUGAGAUAGAGGCAAUGCCACCAAAAUUCUUAUCUCAGAUUGAAUCAACAACAGUCGAAGAAGCAAGUUCUGUACAUUUUGAAACUAGAGUAGAGCCUAAAAAUGAUCCAAAAUUAAGAGUAGAGUGGUACAGAAAUGGAAAACCAUUACCUUCAGGGCAUAGAUACAAAUCUAUAUUUGAUUUGGGUUUUGUAUCUUUGGAUAUACUGUCUAUGUAUUCUGAAGAUUCAGGAGAGUACAUUUGCAGAGCUGUAAAUGAUCAUGGUGAAGCCAUUACUAAAGCUAUGGUCACCUGCAAACAGCUCCCAACAAUAUUACUUCAAAAUCAAGUACCAAAAGGUAUGAAGAAAUCAGAAGCUUUGACUCAAAUGGAAGCAGCUAUUAAAAAAUACACAUCUGAGAUUCAUUUGACCAUAGACGAUUUAUACGAAGUUGAAAAGAAACAACCACCAAGAUUUGUCACCCAAAUUAAAGAUCAGCUGUCAUUAGUUGAAAUGGAAUCAACCAAAUUUGAAUGUCAAUUAGCUCCAGUUGGUGACCCUAAUAUGAAGGUUGAGUGGUUCUUAAAUGGCAAACCAUUAAGACACAAGAAUAGAUUUAACCCAAUUUAUGAUUUUGGUUAUGUUGCAAUGAAUUUCGGUUGGAUAUAUCCUGAAGACAGCGGUGAAUAUGUUUGUAGGGCUACUAAUUUAUAUGGACAAGAUGAAACAAGAGCCACCAUAAAAACAUCUGGUAAACCAGGUAUUAUUUAUGACUCGCAGCUUCCUAAAGGAAUGAAGAGUAUUGAAAAAAUAAGAGAAAUGGAAGCAUCGUGGCAAGUAACACCUGAAAUGAAAGAAGAAGAAGAAAAACGUAGAGAACCUCCACAAUUUGUAAGCAAACCAGAACCUGUCACUAUAUGUGAAGGUGAUUGGGCUAGAUUCUGUUGUAGAGUAACUGGUUUCCCAAGACCAAGAGUUAUGUGGCUAGUCAAUGGAAACACUGUGGUGAAUGGAAUGAGAUACAAAUUAAAUUAUGAUGGAAUGUGGCAUCUUGACAUACCAAAGACAAGGCAAUAUGACCAUGGUAAAGUUGAAGUUAUUGCUAGAAAUGCAUGUGGAGAGACUCGCGUGGAAACAAUGCUCAUAGUGAAUUCAAGACAUGACGAUUACAGAGGAGUUUUGAAAAACUCACCUAGACAGGAAUUCUUCGUAGCUUCUACUAACUAUCUACAGCAUUUCAAUUUUUGGAGUAUUGAAUCAGCAUGGUACGACAGUGAUUUGGUGCAGUAUCAAAGAGAUCUUAAAGAGAAUGAACUAGAAAAAGUGUUUACUGAUAGAGCAUCAAAUGUUCAAAAUGUUGAUUAUAGUAAUAUGAUUAUAUCAACGGUUGGUGAUCAAAUGAAACAAAAACAAUUAAAUGAUUCAAAACCUGAAUGGACUGAAACUGUAAAACAAAAAAAGAAUGAGGAUUAUUAUAAUAAAUUGAGUAAAUUGGAAGGAGAUCAAGUGAUAAAAGAAGCAAGAAUCAGAGAAGCUAAUCAUCAAGUAUCAAUUGCAGGCGAGAAGUUGAAAACUACUAAAAAUAUGUCUAAAAAUUACGAAGAAUCUUUAGUUAAAGAUAAAAAAGAAGAAUUAAUGCCUUGGCAAACAACAAAGUUACUUAAAGCACGGGGUGAUCAAAGUCCACAAAUAAUACCGGAUCCGUCUGAAUCGGCUGUACACGGAAAAGAAAUCCAUGUAGCAAAACAGCAACAAACUCAAAAAGAAAUACAAGGCGAUAAAGAAAUACGUAGAAAAAUUACUGCCACUGAGACAACUGAAGUUGAACACACACGUAAAAACCAAGAAAGGGUAGUUCAAGGAAAAGUUGAGCCGUCUAAACCGCCAAUAUUUACAACCAAAAUUCAACCCUGCCGUGCAUUCGAACAGGACCAAGCGCGUUUUGAGGUUGAAUUCGACGGUGAACCAUUACCCACGAUCAAAUGGUACCGAGAAGACUUUUUAAUCCAAAACUCACCUGACUUCCAAAUACACACGUUUAGUACGAAGUCCAUACUAGUUAUUAGACAAGUUUUUAUGGAAGACUCUGGUGUGUUUGCUGUCAUCGCAGAGAACAGAGGUGGCAAAGCAAAAUGCAGUGCCAAUUUACUUGUCGAAGAACGUAAACAAGUUGGCAGGAAAGGACCUGGUCCACCGAGCUUCCUUAGCACAAUGCAAGGAUCAGUCGUGAAAGCCGGCCAAUUAGUCAGAUUUGACGUUAAAAUCAGCGCUAAUAAGCCACUGGACGUAUAUUGGUUAAAGAAUGGAAAGAAAAUCAGCCAGGACAUUCGUUACAAAACAGUGGAUGAAGAUAACCAAUACACGCUCUUGAUCAUCGAGUCGGUUACUGAAGAUAGCGGAACCUAUGAGUGUGUAGCUAUUAACAAUUCUGGCGAAGCGAGGUGUGAAGCUCAGUUGGUGGUUCAACCCUUGGAACAGAAGGAUAAGCCUAAAUCAAAACCUAGUGGAAAAGAACAAGCACCAACAAUCACUCAACCGUUGUCCGGACAAGUGAUUCACGAGGGACAACCUGUGACUUUCAGCUGUAAAAUUUCUGGACAACCUCCAAUAACCGUAAAAUGGCAAAAAGGCGAUAAAGUGAUUAAACCAUCAAAAUAUUUCCGCAUGACGCAAGAUGGAGAAACUGUAUCACUUCAUAUAUCCGAAGUGUUCCCAGAGGACGAAGGCACGUACAAAUGUCUAGUUUCGAAUGCCGGUGGUCAGGCUGUCCUGUCAGCUAAUUUGAAAGUCAUUGUACCCGAAAAUCAAGACAUAGCUCCAACCUUGAGUCCGAUGAGAGAUGUUAUCGUUCCAGAAGGUAAUGCGGCUCAGUUCCGCACGCAAGUGUCGGGACAACCGUCACCGUCUGUACAAUGGUUCAGAGAAGGAAUACUUAUUCCCGAAACACCAGAUUUUAAGAUGAUGUAUGAAGGUAACAUGGCCGUUCUGUUGAUAACAUCGACAUAUGAAGAAGAUUCUGGUGUGUUCACGUGUCGUGCCACAAAUAGCGCUGGACAAGUAGAGACUUCGGCCAAACUUACGGUGAAAAGACAACGCGGGGUUACUUAUAAAACCGGUACAUUUGACGAUAAAGGUGUAGUGGAUAGUAUACAACUAAAUCAAGGGUUAGGAAAAACAAAAGAAAUAGGUUCAAAAAUAACUAUAAAAAAUAUUAAAACUGAUAAAAAAGGGAUAGAAACAAAUGAUAAUCUAUUACCAUGGAGAAAAGGAAUUUUAAUCGACAGAAUAAGAAAAACAUCAGUGGAAGCAAAAAGCUUAAUUACAGAGAAUGUAUUUAUUGAACCUACAGAAAUUGGUAAUUUAAUAACAGUAACACAAGAAGGUACAUUCAUAUAUACAUACGUUACAGAACAGAUAUUUACUUUAAUUCAAAACAAAAUUGAUACUAAAGAUGUAGAAAAGGCAAAACAAAUAAUAAAUCAAGUUUUGGUAAAAAAAAUGAAACAGGGCGAUAUCGUGAGUUUAAAUGAAAAUGAUAAAAAUGAAAUAGUUGGCGAGGUAACCAAUAAGUUAACACAAUUAUAUACAACAAAAGUAAAUAAUAAAUCUUUAGCAAAGGAUAUACUGAACAAAGUUUUAACACGAACAAUGGAAAAAGAACAAAUAAUUCAACCAUAUACAUUAGAGCAACAAAAACAAGAUGGAACAUUUGUAACAACAACACAAAUGAUUUUCAAAAAUAAAAAACAAAAAGAAUCCUCACAAAUAUCAGAAGAAAUGAUAGAACAAAAUAAACCGAAGAUUAAUAAACAAGACAUAAAAUCGGAAGAUAAAAUUCUUAAUCAAAAAAACCAAAGUCAAUUUUAUUUCGGGGAACAGCAAAAUGAUAAUUAUGAAAUCGUCCCAGAUGAAUACAAACCUAAAUUAAAAACUGAAAGUAUUGACAACAUUGAAACAAAAAGUCAAUUUAAUAAGAAUCUAGAUUACAAUACCAGACCGUGGUUAAUAAAUCCAAAUGUAGAAAAAACCAGUUCUAAGAAUGAUUAUUCACCAAAACGUGAGGAUACAUCAAAAAAUGAGAAGGCAACAACAAAUGAAUACUUACCCGAAAAAGUAAAAACAAAACAAAUUAAUCCUUGGACGGAGGAAAAAAUAAUUUUAAGAAAACCUGAAACAUCAAAAAUUGAUGAAAGUAGUAUUCACACAAAAAAUAAACCAAUAAGAGAAAAAGAAAAUAAUGAAUUGAAAGAAAUGAAAGAUAAAAAAACAUCUAUUCCUUGGACAGAAGAAAAUGUAAAACUAAAAAGAACAUCAACUGAAAAGCAAAUUAUACCUAAAGAAACUAUAGAAGACAUUAUACUAAAACCAAUUAAGGAAGAAGAUAAUGCACCAUUAGCUCAAAUCAGUAAUAAACAUCAAAAGAAAUCAGGAACACCAUGGACGGAAGAGACCGUAACUCUGAAGAAGACCAAAACACAAAAGCAACCGUUGGCCAAAGAAUCGGUUGAAGAGGUCACUCUUAAACCAGUUAAGAAGCCUUUGGUUGAAGAUAUCCCAUUAACAGAGGAAACUCCAGUUACGGAAGAAACUCCAGUGACAGAGACAACUGAAAUAGUUGAAACCGUGGUGGAAAAAGGAAGAAGGCGUCGUGUCAGGAAAAUUAAAACUGACGGAAAGGAAGAGGUUGAAGAAACUGACGAGGUUGUAGAAGAGAAACCGACAAUUGAAGAAGUCGAGGAUACACCUGUAGAAGACGUACCUACUGAACCACAAAGAAAGCCAUCCGUGCCAUGGAGGGAAGAGACCGUAACUCUGAAGAAGACCAAAACACAAAAGCAACCGUUGGCCAAAGAAUCGGUUGAAGAGGUCACUCUUAAACCAGUUAAGAAGCCUUUGGUUGAAGAUAUCCCAUUAACAGAGGAAACUCCAGUUACGGAAGAAACUCCAGUGACAGAGACAACUGAAAUAGUUGAAACCGUGGUGGAAAAAGGAAGAAGGCGUCGUGUCAGGAAAAUUAAAACUGACGGAAAGGAAGAGGUUGAAGAAACUGACGAGGUUGUAGAAGAGAAACCGACAAUUGAAGAAGUCGAGGAUACACCUGUAGAAGACGUACCUACUGAACCACAAAGAAAGCCAUCCGUGCCAUGGAGGGAAGAGACCGUCACUCUGAAGAAGACCAAAACACAAAAGCAACCGUUGGCCAAAGAAUCGGUAGAAGAGGUCACUCUUAAACCAGUUAAGAAGCCUUUGGUUGAAGAUAUCCCAGUAACAGAGGAAACUCCAGUUACGGAGGAAACUCCAGUGACAGAGACAACUGAAAUAGUUGAAACCGUGGUGGAAAAAGGAAGAAGGCGACGUGUCAGGAAAAUUAAAACUGACGGAAAGGAAGAGGUUGAAGAAACUGACGAGGUUGUAGAAGAGAAACCGACAAUUGAAGAAGUCGAGGAUACACCUGUCGAAGACGUACCUACUGAACCACAAAGAAAGCCAUCCGUGCCAUGGAGGGAAGAGACCGUCACUCUGAAGAAGACCAAAACACAAAAGCAACCGUUGGCCAAAGAAUCGGUUGAAGAGGUCACUCUUAAACCAGUUAAGAAGCCUUUGGUAGAAGAUAUCCCAUUAACAGAGGAAACUCCAGUUACGGAAGAAACUCCAGUGACAGAGACAACUGAAAUAGUUGAAACCGUAGUGGAAAAAGGAAGAAGGCGUCGUGUCAGGAAAAUUAAAACUGACGGAAAGGAAGAGGUUGAAGAAACUGACGAGGUUGUAGAAGAGAAACCGACAAUUGAAGAAGUCGAGGAUACACCUGUAGAAGACGUACCUACUGAACCACAAAGAAAGCCAUCCGUGCCAUGGAGGGAAGAGACCGUCACUCUGAAGAAGACCAAAACACAAAAGCAACCGUUGGUCAAAGAAUCGGUAGAAGAGGUCACUCUUAAACCAGUUAAGAAGCCUUUGGUUGAAGAUACCCCAGUAACAGAGGAAACUCCAGUUACGGAGGAAACUCCAGUGACAGAGACAACUGAAAUAGUUGAAACCGUGGUGGAAAAAGGAAGAAGGCGACGUGUCAGGAAAAUUAAAACUGACGGAAAGGAAGAGGUUGAAGAAACUGACGAGGUUGUAGAAGAGAAACCGACAAUUGAAGAAGUCGAGGAUACACCUGUCGAAGACGUACCUACUGAACCACAAAGAAAGCCAUCCGUGCCAUGGAGGGAAGAGACCGUCACUCUGAAGAAGACCAAAACACAAAAGCAACCGUUGGCCAAAGAAUCGGUUGAAGAGGUCACUCUUAAACCAGUUAAGAAGCCUUUGGUAGAAGAUAUCCCAUUAACAGAGGAAACUCCAGUUACGGAAGAAACUCCAGUGACAGAGACAACUGAAAUAGUUGAAACCGUAGUGGAAAAAGGAAGAAGGCGUCGUGUCAGGAAAAUUAAAACUGACGGAAAGGAAGAGGUUGAAGAAACUGACGAGGUUGUAGAAGAGAAACCGACAAUUGAAGAAGUCGAGGAUACACCUGCAGAAGACGUACCUACUGAACCACAAAGAAAGCCAUUCGUGCCAUGGAGGGAAGAGACCGUCACUCUGAAGAAGACCAAAACACAAAAGCAACCGUUGGCCAAAGAAUCGGUUGAAGAGGUCACUCUUAAACCAGUUAAGAAGCCUUUGGUUGAAGAUAUACCAGUAACAGAGGAAACUCCAGUGACAGAGACAACUGAAAUAGUUGAAACCGUGGUGGAAAAAGGAAGAAGGCGUCGUGUCAGGAAAAUUAAAACUGACGGAAAGGAAGAGGUUGAAGAAACUGACGAGGUUGUAGAAGAGAAACCGACAAUUGAAGAAGUCGAGGAUACACCUGUAGAAGACGUACCUACUGAACCACAAAGAAAGCCAUCCGUGCCAUGGAGGGAAGAGACCGUCACUCUGAAGAAGACCAAAACACAAAAGCAACUGUUGGCCAAAGAAUCGGUAGAAGAGGUCACUCUUAAACCAGUUAAGAAGCCUUUGGUUGAAGAUAUCCCAGUAACAGAAGAAACUCCAGUGACAGAGACAACUGAAAUAGUUGAAACCGUGGUGGAAAAAGGAAGAAGGCGUCGUGUCAGGAAAAUUAAAACUGACGGAAAGGAAGAGGUUGAAGAAACUGACGAGGUUGUAGAAGAGAAACCGACAAUUGAAGAAGUCGAGGAUACACCUGUAGAAGACGUACCUACUGAACCACAAAGAAAGCCAUCCGUGCCAUGGAGGGAAGAGACCGUCACUCUGAAGAAGACCAAAACACAAAAGCAACCGUUGGCCAAAGAAUCGGUUGAAGAGAUCACUCUUAAACCAGUUAAGAAGCCUUUGGUUGAAGAUAUACCAGUAACAGAGGAAACUCCAGUGACAGAGACAACUGAAAUAGUUGAAACCGUGGUGGAAAAAGGAAGAAGGCGUCGUGUCAGGAAAAUUAAAACUGACGGAAAGGAAGAGGUUGAAGAAACUGACGAGGUUGUAGAAGAGAAACCGACAAUUGAAGAAGUCGAGGAUAUACCUGUAGAAGACAUACCUACUGAACCACAAAGAAAGCCAUCUGUGCCAUGGAGGGAAGAGACCGUCACUCUGAAGAAGACCAAAACACAAAAGCAACCGUUGGCCAAAGAAUCGGUUGAAGAGGUCACUCUUAAACCAGUCAAGAAGCCUUUGGUUGAAGAUAUCCCAGUAACAGAGGAAACUCCAGUUACGGAGGAAACUCCAGUGACAGAGACAAUUGAAAUAGUUGAAACCGUGGUGGAAAAAGGAAGAAGGCGACGUGUCAGGAAAAUUAAAACUGACGGAAAGGAAGAGGUUGAAGAAACUGACGAGGUUGUAGAAGAGAAACCGACAAUUGAAGAAGUCGAGGAUACACCUGUCGAAGACGUACCUACUGAACCACAAAGAAAGCCAUCCGUGCCAUGGAGGGAAGAGACCGUCACUCUGAAGAAGACCAAAACACAAAAGCAACCGUUGGCCAAAGAAUCGGUUGAAGAGGUCACUCUUAAACCAGUUAAGAAGCCUUUGGUUGAAGAUAUCCCAUUAACAGAGGAAACUCCAGUUACGGAAGAAACUCCAGUGACAGAAACAACUGAAAUAGUUGAAACCGUAGUGGAAAAAGGAAGAAGGCGUCGUGUCAGGAAAAUUAAAACUGACGGAAAGGAAGAGGUUGAAGAAACUGACGAGGUUGUAGAAGAGAAACCGACAAUUGAAGAAGUCGAGGAUACACCUGUAGAAGACGUACCUACUGAACCACAAAGAAAGCCAUCUGUGCCAUGGAGGGAAGAGACCGUCACUCUGAAGAAGACCAAAACACAAAAGCAACCGUUGGCCAAAGAAUCGGUUGAAGAGGUCACUCUUAAACCAGUUAAAAAGCCUUUGGUUGAAGAUAUCCCAGUAACAGAGGAAACUCUAGUUACGGAAGAAACUCCAGUGACAGAGACAACUGUAAUAGUUGAAACCGUGGUGGAAAAAGGAAGAAGGCGUCGUGUCAGGAAAAUUAAAACUGACGGAAAGGAAGAGGUUGAAGAAACUGACGAGGUUGUAGAAGAGAAACCGACAAUUGAAGAAGUCGAGGAUUCACCUGUAGAAGACGUACCUACUGAACCACAAAGAAAGCCAUCCGUGCCAUGGAGGGAAGAGACCGUCACUCUGAAAAAGACCAAAACACAAAAGCAACCGUUAGCCAAAGAAUCGGUUGAAGAGGUCUCUCUUAAACCAGUUAAGAAGCCUUUGGUUGAAGAUAUCCCAGUAAGAGAGGAAACUCCAGUUACGGAGGAAACUCCAGUUACAGAGACAACUGAAAUAGUUGAAACCGUGGUGGAAAAAGGAAGAAGGCGUCGUGUCAUGAAAAUUAAAACUGACGGAAAGGAAGUGGUUGAAGAAACUGACGAGGUUGUAGAAGAGAAACCGACAAUUGAAGAAGUCGAGGAUACACCUGUAGAAGACGUACCUACUGAACCACAAAGAAAGCCAUCCGUGCCAUGGAGGGAAGAGACCGUCACUCUGAAGAAGACCAAAACACAAAAGCAACCGUUGGCCAAAGAAUCGGUUGAAGAGAUCACUCUUAAACCAGUUAAGAAGCCUUUGGUUGAAGAUAUACCAGUAACAGAGGAAACUCCAGUGACAGAGAGAACUGAAAUAGUUGAAACCGUGGUGGAAAAAGGAAGAAGGCGUCGUGUCAGGAAAAUUAAAACUGACGGAAAGGAAGAGGUUGAAGAAACUGACGAGGUUGUAGAAGAGAAACCGACAAUUGAAGAAGUCGAGGAUAUACCUGUAGAAGACAUACCUACUGAACCACAAAGAAAGCCAUCUGUGCCAUGGAGGGAAGAGACCGUCACUCUGAAGAAGACCAAAACACAAAAGCAACCGUUGGCCAAAGAAUCGGUUGAAGAGGUCACUCUUAAACCAGUCAAGAAGCCUUUGGUUGAAGAUAUCCCAGUAACAGAGGAAACUCCAGUUACGGAGGAAACUCCAGUGACAGAGACAAUUGAAAUAGUUGAAACCGUGGUGGAAAAAGGAAGAAGGCGACGUGUCAGGAAAAUUAAAACUGACGGAAAGGAAGAGGUUGAAGAAACUGACGAGGUUGUAGAAGAGAAACCGACAAUUGAAGAAGUCGAGGAUACACCUGUCGAAGACGUACCUACUGAACCACAAAGAAAGCCAUCCGUGCCAUGGAGGGAAGAGACCGUCACUCUGAAGAAGACCAAAACACAAAAGCAACCGUUGGCCAAAGAAUCGGUUGAAGAGGUCACUCUUAAACCAGUUAAGAAGCCUUUGGUUGAAGAUAUCCCAUUAACAGAGGAAACUCCAGUGACAGAGACAACUGAAAUAGUUGAAACCGUGGUGGAAAAAGGAAGAAGGCGUCGUGUCAGGAAAAUUAAAACUGACGGAAAGGAAGAGGUUGAAGAAACUGACGAGGUUGUAGAAGAGAAACCGACAAUUGAAGAAGUCGAGGAUAUACCUGUAGAAGACAUACCUACUGAACCACAAAGAAAGCCAUCUGUGCCAUGGAGGGAAGAGACCGUCACUCUGAAGAAGACCAAAACACAAAAGCAACCGUUGGCCAAAGAAUCGGUUGAAGAGGUCACUCUUAAACCAGUCAAGAAGCCUUUGGUUGAAGAUAUCCCAGUAACAGAGGAAACUCCAGUUACGGAGGAAACUCCAGUGACAAAGACAAUUGAAAUAGUUGAAACCGUGGUGGAAAAAGGAAGAAGGCGACGUGUCAGGAAAAUUAAAACUGACGGAAAGGAAGAGGUUGAAGAAACUGACGAGGUUGUAGAAGAGAAACCGACAAUUGAAGAAGUCGAGGAUACACCUGUCGAAGACGUACCUACUGAACCACAAAGAAAGCCAUCCGUGCCAUGGAGGGAAGAGACCGUCACUCUGAAGAAGACCAAAACACAAAAGCAACCGUUGGCCAAAGAAUCGGUUGAAGAGGUCACUCUUAAACCAGUUAAGAAGCCUUUGGUUGAAGAUAUCCCAUUAACAGAGGAAACUCCAGUUACGGAAGAAACUCCAGUGACAGAAACAACUGAAAUAGUUGAAACCGUAGUGGAAAAAGGAAGAAGGCGUCGUGUCAGGAAAAUUAAAACUGACGGAAAGGAAGAGGUUGAAGAAACUGACGAGGUUGUAGAAGAGAAACCGACAAUUGAAGAAGUCGAGGAUACACCUGUAGAAGACGUACCUACUGAACCACAAAGAAAGCCAUCCGUGCCAUGGAGGGAAGAGACCGUCACUCUGAAAAAGACCAAAACACAAAAGCAACCGUUGGCCAAAGAAUCGGUUGAAGAGGUCACUCUUAAACCAGUUAAGAAGCCUUUGGUUGAAGAUAUACCAGUAACAGAGGAAACUCCAGUGACAGAGACAACUGAAAUAGUUGAAACCGUGGUGGAAAAAGGAAGAAGGCGUCGUGUCAGGAAAAUUAAAACUGACGGAAAGGAUGAGGUUGAUGAAACUGAUGAGGUUGUAGAAGAGAAACCGACAAUUGAAGAAAUCGAGGAUACACCUGUAGAAGACGUACCUACUGAAUCACAAAGAAAGCCAUCCGUGCCAUGGAGGGAAGAGACCGUCACUUUGAAGAAGACCAAAACACAAAAGCAACCGUUGGCCAAAGAAUCGGUUGAAGAGGUCACCCUAAAACCAAUUACGAAACCGUUAGUGGUCGAUAUCCCACUAGUUAACGAAGUUGCUGAUAAUGAUAAUAUGAAUGUUGAUAAACAUGGUGCUCAAGAUGUUGCGGAUUUGAAUGCCGUUGUAGAUGAUCAUCCCAUUAUUAAAAUAAGAUUCCUAAAGCAUGACGAUAUGUUGAAGGAGGAUGCAACUAAUAAGCCGGAUGCAAUUGUAUGUGCUCAAAAAGUUAUUUCAAUUCCUAAAGAAAAGUUGAAAAAGAAAAAGAAACAUGUACAAUUGAAUGAAGAUAUGAACCAGGAGAAGGAAUUUUCUCCGGAUGAUGAGGUUAGUACAUUGAAUGAUGAGGAGCUACCAUCUUCUAAUGUAUCAGACUCAAAGGAUCUUAUGGGAAUUCUUAAACCUACGGAUGACGUUUUGACAGAUUAUAAUAUUUCUCUCAAGGAUGAUGAGUUCUCUACAGAUAUUUCUUCGAAGCCUAAAAAUAUAACAGAGCAGAAGAUCCCAAUGAAAUUAUUAAGUGAAAAAUUGGAACUUCCCUGGAGAAGAGGUCGUAAGGAUACCGAUACUGAUGUUGCUAGUGAUGAUAUUAUUGAUGACACACAUUCGCUUACUCCGAAAAAAGAAAAGUUGAAUGUUGUAGAAGUGAAACCACUACAGCCGAAAUCGUUAGAUGUUGAAAAUAAACCGCUAUUUGCUACAAUAAAACUUAAAAAAGCUUCACCGAAGAAAACAAAAGAAAUGGAACCUUUAGCAGUUCCUAAAGUUCAACUUAAAUCUCAUUUAUAUAGAGUGGAACUUAAUACUAAUGAACAUUUUCCUACAAUUUCGUUGUUAGAGCCUGUUUUUGUAGAUAAUGGGGUUCUUUCUAGAAACUACGCUGAGGCUAUGAAAAUUAAAAAAACUAAACCAAAAAAAUUAGUCCUUCCUGAACUAGAACCAGUUGUUCUUGAAAAGUAUGAACCAACCGACUUUCAUUACGACAAAAAGGAAACACCGCAAUCUCAGCCUUCUUUACCAAAACAACCAAUUGACAAGAAAAUUCCAGAUGAAGAAACCCCAAAGAAGUUAGUUAUUGGAAAAGGAAAAAUUCCCACUCAGGAUGAUGAGCAAGAAAAAGUAGUAUUAAAAAAAAUACCCCAAAAACCAAUCGAGGAAAAAGUGGAAAUUCCGAAGCCAAUUGAAAAACCACAAUUUAAACCAGAACCUGAUUUAAAACCGUCUGAAGACAAAGAUUUUACAUUAGAACCGUUUAAAUCUAUUCCAGUUGGCGAAAGUUCUGAAGAGUGUGAGCCAACACCAAUUAAAAAUGAUAGUACCCCUGAUGUAGAAUUGUCGACUAAAAAACCUAAAUAUAUUAGAAAAAAAAUAAAGAAAGAAGAAGAGCCUAUUCCUGAUAAGAAAAUAAUACCUGGAAUACCAAAGCCUGUUCCAUCAGAUGAAGAUAAAGAUAUAAAUCUCAAGUAUAAACAAGGGAAACCAGAACCAGAAAUACCUGAAGAAAUAAAAUUAAAACCAUUUUUAUUAGAAAAACCAUUUGUUACAACAGAACCGGAAAGUAUUGAUUUGGGGAAACCUGAACCAUUUGAAUAUCCAAGAGAUGAUGAACUUGUGAACCCUCAAUACUUUAAGUCGAAACCAGAGAAAAAAAUGAAAAAGAAAAAGCCUGUAAAAACUGUUGAUCAGCAAAUACCAACAGAUGACGAUAAUGACGGUACAUUCGAGCCAUUAUCUAUUGUAAAGGAGAAACCUGUACUCGAAGAAAUGGUAACCGUCAAUGUGAAACCCGUUAAAGUUGUUUCUGUUGAGUUAGAUAAUAAACCUUUAUUAGCAACUAUCAAACUCAAGAAAGCGCCUUCUAAAUCGAAGAAUGAUGUCAGUCAUGUUAAAAUCCCAAAAGUACUAUUGAAGUCUCAUUUAAAAAAUAUUGAAUACAAUACACAUGAACAUUUUCCAACAAUUUCAUUGUUAGAGCCUGUUUUUGUAGAUAAUGGGGUUCUUUCUAGAAACUACGCUGAGGCUAUGAAAAUUAAAAAAACUAAACCAAAAAAAUUAGUUCUUCCUGAACUAGAACCAAUUGUUCUUGAAAAGUAUGAACCAACUGACUUUCAUUACGACAAAAAGGAAACACCGCAAACACAGCCUUCUUUACCAAAACAACCAAUUGACAAGAAAAUUCCAGAUGAAGAAACCCCAAAGAAGUUAGUUAUUGGAAAAGGAAAAAUUCCCACUCAGGAUGAUGAGCAAGAAAAAGUAGUAUUAAAAAAAAUACCCCAAAAACCAAUCGAGGAAAAAGUGGAAAUUCCGAAGCCAAUUGAAAAACCACAAUUUAAACCAGAACCUGAUUUAAAACCGUCUGAAGACAAAGAUUUUACAUUAGAACCGUUUAAAUCUAUUCCAGUUGGCGAAAGUUCUGAAGAGUGUGAGCCAACACCAAUUAAAAAUGAUAGUACCCCUGAUGUAGAAUUGUCGACUAAAAAACCUAAAUAUAUUAGAAAAAAAAUAAAGAAAGAAGAAGAGCCUAUUCCUGAUAAGAAAAUAAUACCUGGAAUACCAAAGCCUGUUCCAUCAGAUGAAGAUAAAGAUAUAAAUCUCAAGUAUAAACAAGGGAAACCAGAACCAGAAAUACCUGAAGAAAUAAAAUUAAAACCUAUUCCCAAAAAAAAACCUGUAGAUAAUAAAGAAAUUGAUGAUGAUGGAGUAGGAAAACCUAAGCCUUUUAUAAGUGAUUUACCUAAGAUUGAUAUAAGUUCCAAGUCCAAAAAGUCACCUUUACCGAAAUCGAUAAGUGUUGAUAGCCCUUUGCAAGAUCUUGAAAUUGUUAGUAUAAAAAGAAGUGAGGAUGUUCCUGAGCAAAAGGCGACUGAGAGUGAACCUGUAGCACCCUAUUUUAUUGAAAAAGUGCAACCAUUAGUAGCAGAACAUGAAAAGCCUACUGCUUUUACAUGCUCAGUGGGGGGAGUCCCUUCACCUGAAGUCAAAUGGUACCGGGACGAUCGUGAACUACAAACAACUGAUGUUUACGAAAUUAUUGUAUACGAGAACACAUCUACAUUGAGGAUUUCUAAGCCUACAGAGGAACAGGCUGGCGUUUAUGUUUGCCAAGCUACAAAUUCAGCUGGCAUCUCAACUUGUACUGCACUUCUAGUGGUGUUAGAUUCUGAAGAAAUUGGCGAAGCUCCAAUUUUUAUGGAGCCUAUUAAACCUAGAAAAGUUCGGGGAAAAAAAUCUAUUCAACUAAGGUGUAUUGUUAAAGGAAUUCCUAUACCUGAAAUUAUUUGGUGUCGUGAAAAUGAAGAAAUAAUUUCUGAUGACGACGAGUAUAUAACUUCGUUUGAUUCUAAAACUGGUGAAGCCAUUUUAACAUUAGUAAAUCCUAUUGAUGUUGACCGAUCAACAUAUCUAGCUAGAGCAGUGAAUAUUCACGGAAAAUCUGAAUGCAUGGCACAUAUUACAUUUGAAAAAGAGGAAUAUGGAGAAGCGCCCAAGUUUGUAGAACGGUUGAAGCCGAAAGUUGUGAAAGCCAAUGAAACAACUGAACUCACAUGCUUAGUCAAAGGUGUUCCAUCGCCAACUGUUGUAUGGUGCCGCGAUGAUGAAGAAAUUACACCAGAUGACAGUCAUUUGUUAAUUUACAUUCCUGAAACUGGAAAAUCUAAACUUACAAUUGUACAUCCUAAUGAUAUUGAUGAAUCAACGUACACAGUUAAUGCAACGAAUAAAUUUGGAAGGGCUGAGUGUAGAGCAAAUUUAAUAGUUCAAAAAGAUGAAAUUGGUGAAGCGCCGACAUUCGUACAACCAGUAAAACCAAAAAUGGCUAAAUCAAAUGAAAUAACUGAACUUAAAUGUACUGUAAGAGGAACACCAAACCCGUUGGUAAUUUGGUGUCGUGGAAAUGAAGAAAUUAUUCCCGACGAAAGUCAUUUGAUCACAUACCAUCAGGAAACCGGAGAAUCGAUCUUAACAAUUUUAAAUCCAUCUGAAAUUGAUGAAACUAUUUAUACCAUAAACGCCGUCAAUAAAUAUGGCCAAGCACAAUGCCGUGCAAAUCUAAUUAUUCAAAAAGAUGAAUCGGGUGAAGCACCAAUGUUUAUAGAACCGAUAAAACCAAAAAUCGCCAGAGCUAAUGCAUCUACCGAAUUAAAUUGUUUGGUUCGAGGAAUACCUAUACCAACAGUUGUUUGGUUUAGAGGUGAUAUAGAAAUAAUUCCAGAUAACACUCAUUCAAUAACGUUUAUACCAGAGACGGGUGAAUCAAAACUUAUUAUUUCAAAAGCCACAGAAGUUGAUCAAAACACGUACACUGUAAAGGCAACUAACAAAUACGGUAGAGCUCAAUGCCGGGCAAAUGUAAUUAUACAAGAAGACGUUUUUGGUGUAGCUCCAACCUUUGUUGAGCCCAUAAAACCCGUAUUAGCAAAACCAGAACAAACAACUGUUUUACGUUGUUUGGUGACUGGUAACCCAGUUCCAACUGUAGUUUGGUGUCGUGGAAAGGACGAAAUUGUUCCUGAUGACAUGCAUACAAUUCAGUUUAUUCCAGAAACUGGAGAAUCUACUUUGACCAUAGAAAAAGCAGCAACAAUUGACGAAGCGCAUUAUUCAGUAGAAGCAAUUAACAAAUUUGGAAGAGCUAGAUGCAGGGCUAAUUUAGUUUUAGAAAAAUAUGAUACUGGAAUCGCUCCUGCAUUUGUCGUUCCGAUUAAACCUAAAGCCGCUAAGCCAACAGAAACUGUAGAACUAAGUUGCGUCGUUUCCGGAACGCCAAUGCCAACCGUCGUAUGGUGUCGCGGAGAUGAACAACUCAUGCCUGACGACAGUCAUAUCAUAUCUUAUACACCAGAGACUGGCGAGUCCAAGCUUACGAUUUGUAACGCUACGGAAUUGGACGUAAAUGAUUACACAGUAAAAGCAGUCAACAAUUUUGGUGCGGCCCAGUGCAGAGCCAAUCUGAUUAUAGACGAAAUCGUUGAUGAAAUACCUAAGCCGUUUGAAGAGGCACCAUGCAUAACGAAACCUUUGCAACCCGUCAUAGCAAAAAAAGACUCGUGUGUGACGUUAGACGUUCAUUUCAGAGGAACUCCCGAGUUAAAUGUUCGGUGGUUCCAUAAUGGUAAAGACAUUACCGAUAAAAAAACGUUUGUUCGCACCUUAACUAUAACAGAGACCACAACCGUAAUUACUAUAAAAAAAAUUACUAAGAAAACCACUGGACGUUAUGAAGUCGUGGUUACUAAUAAUCGCGGGGAAGCGAAGACUUCUACUACAGUAUCAAUUGAAGAUGUAGACGAGACAAUCGAGAAAGAAGAGACUACAAUCGGGAAAGCGCCGUAUUUUGAGACGGAACUGCAAACCGAAACAAUAUGGGAAGAUGAGGAGGAGGAAGAAAAUAAAACCACAAUAUGCCUCGUUGUAAAGGUAAAGGGUACUCCCAAGCCUAAGAUCCUUUGGUACGAGAGCGGUAAAGAAAUAACGCCCAAUGAAGACUUCCAAAUUGAAGAACAGGAUGAAGGAGUAUCCUUGUUAACGAUCAAGAAAAGGCCAACAGAGAACGUUCGGGAAAUUACAUGCGAAGCUACAAACGAACACGGAACGGUCGCUACCAGGACUCUAGUAAUUCCAGGUAUCAAAGGGACGAAAGCAUACAGGAAGCCAUCGUGGGUGACCCAGAUGGAAGAGUUACGGGAACAAUUGCAAGCUUUUCAAAGUUUACCGAGCUUUGUAAACGAAUUAAAGGACGAGCGAGCUGUUGAAAACGAAACGAUUGUAUUUGAAUGCCAGUUUUCAGGAAAUCCUACACCCGUAAUUAUAUGGUAUCACGAUGAUAAAAUUGUCAGAAACUCAUCUAAUGUUCAAGUUAAGAUCACCGACACUAAAACAACAUUGACUAUUAAAAAAGCAACAAAAGAAGAUGAAGGUGUCUAUAUUUGCAAAGCAAACAGCAAUUUAGGAGAAGCUAAAAAUAAAGCAAAACUUUAUGUUAAAAAACUUGGAGAAGAAACAUUCACGGCUACCGAAGAAGAAGUGGAAGAGAAAGAAGUAGAAGAAGUGAAGAAGACGAAAAAAACAAAAAACAAAACUAUAAAGAAGAAACAUAAAAAAGAAUCUGAAUCAUUCGAUGAAACAGAAAUCAAAGAAUCAAAUCGCAUUAUUACUUCUAAAACGGUAGAGGAGAAACCAUCGUUACCAGAACGCGAACCGUUAUCCACGUCAGAAACAAUUUCAGACGAGACGGUCAGGGAAGUUCGUGGACCCGAAUCUGUUCACGCAAAACCCAUCGAAGAACCUGCACUGUUCACGGCACUUAAGAUCCGGAAGCCCACAGUGGUCAAUGAAGUUGAACAAGUUUUAGAUCAAGUGGAACUGGCUGAGUUUGGACCGGCUGAAUGUCCAUUACGAGAAUUGGCCACUAUUGAUAUACUUACCCGACAUGGCAUAUCGAUAGAACAGGUGAUCGAAGAGUACACGUCCGGUCAAUUCCCUGCGCUGAGGACCGCGCCAGCUCAAUCAGCCAUGGUGCACUUAAUCGAACGUGAAGGGUACACAUCACUCGUGGCUGACGUUUUCACCAAAGAAUCAACCAUACCUGAAACCGUCAAUGAAGUGUUUAAGGCAUUCAUGACAAUGGUCGAGUUGAAACACAGUACACUGGAAGAGAUUAUUACUUACUUAAUGCCAGAAGAUUUCCAAACCAGCACCUGGGAUUUGGAACACGCAUCUCAAAUUACUACAGAUGAUACGAUCACCGAAACAGCUGAUAUCAGCGAGUCUGUAAACAUAUUAGUAAACGAAGUUAAGAAGAAAACACGUUCGACAAAGAGAUUAGUUAAAACAAGCGAAGAGAGUUUAUCAAUUGAAAAUGAACAAGUAAAGAAAGUUAUGGAUUAUAGCAAUAAUAAGAUUACUGAUAAUACCAUAGUUGAAUUAUCAGAAGACAAACCAAUCAAAACGGAAAAAGUUACGAAACUAAACAAAAAUAUAGAAGAUAUCAGUAAAAGAGAAGAUGAGGAAGAAGAAGAAAUUAUCACAAAAGAAACAAAAAUAACAAAAAUAAAUAAAGUAAAACGAUCGGAUAUCGGAAAAGAAAUUAUUCCUGAAGAGACAACAUAUGAAUUCAAUGUAGAAAAGUAUCCCGCUAUAUGUCCAACCGUUUUGAAAACAUCAAAAACUUUAAAUGAAACAAUUGCUCAGCAAGAAGCUGUAGAGCUCUCAACAGAUAUUAAUAACAUACCAGAAAAAGCUCAGAUUAGAAUAACAACUCGAAGCGCCGCGGAAAGUAUAAUAACAAAAGACGAAGAGAAAGAAGAAACCCGAAAAGAAACAUUAGAAAUAAAAAAACAUAAAGCAAAUUCAGCUUUUGAAUUUAAUGAAAGUUUUUCUACAGAUCAUCCAGACGCUCAAUCACCUCUUGAAGAAAUCGUUAAAACAUUUGAAUUCAAACCGUGUUUGGCGAUAAAAGAUGUUAUACCUAAGGAAAGUAUAACAAUUAAUGAAAUUUAUCCAAAUCAAUGCCUUGGCAAAGGAAUUGAUUACAAACCAAAAAAUAAGGAAGCUAAGGUUACUGUAAUUGCACAUUCACAAAAAGUAGUAACAGAAUCAAUUGCCUCUACAAAGGAAGGUGAAAUUAAACAAUUAUUUAUGCCACAGAAAAAAAAAGCUACACAAGAUUAUGUUGAACACGAAAGUAUUAAUGUUGUUGAAGUAAAUGAAGCACAUACCGAAAGUCAAUUAAUAGAUGAUUUUAAACCAACACCAGUGAAAUCUUCAGUGGAAUAUCCAUUACACGAACAAUUAGUUGUUAGUGAAUCACAUUCAGAAAUUCAACCGGAAAAUUACUAUCCAGAAAUAAUUGUACCCACUGAAGUCGCAGAACAAUUAAUAGUACCAUCAAAUAACGCUAUAACAGCAUUCCAAAUAGAAUCUUCUGAAAAAGAAGCAGAAUAUAAUCAUUCGAAAUCACCCAAUGAGUAUAAAGCAGAUAUUUCGAUUAUUCCUGAAAAAUAUAUUGAAGUAAGCGAGUCAAACAUACAAGAAAAAGAAACUAAACUAGAAAAAGAAAAGGUACCAGAUAAGUCAUUUGCGGUUUCUGAUAUAAUUUUACAAUCAAGUAUAAUUGUAAACUCAGUUAAUCAAGAAGAAAAUGAGGAAAAAUUCAAUACUCAUUUACCUCAAUCGCAUACUGCAAAACUAACAAUAAACAACGCAAACAAAGUGUGUAGUUCUUCAGUAACAGAAAUUAAUGAAGCAGAAUCUGAUUUAAACAUUUCGGUCAUACCAGAAACAAAACAAAUUGAAAGUUCCAUAAUUGGUUUAGAAGUAACUGAGAUUAUACCUAAAGAGACAGAAUCCAAUUUUACAUCACAAUCAGCAUUAGAAAUAUUACCAGAUACUAGUUUUACUGAAAAUAAUUCGUGUAUAGUCACUGAAACUACAGCUGAUGAUUAUUCAACAGAUUUAUUAUCAAAUUUGAAUUACAAAACAUUUGAAGCCAAACCAAAGUUUGAAGAAUUAGAAGCCAAGCAAAUAUCUCAGAUAAAUGUACAAGAGAAUAACAUUCCAUUAGAUGAAACUUCUAAACCCAUUUCAGUUAAAUUGGAAACAAGUUUUUCCCCAAUUCAAAGCAUAACUGUAGAACAAACAGUUGCAACAGAACAAGAGCAAUUCUUGCCAUUAAACGUACAGCAAGAGUUACAUAAUUCUAUAAGUGUUCCAUCUCAUUCUCUCCAAGUUGUAGUUAUUGAAGAGAUUACUCCAGAGAAUUGUGUUACACAGAUAGAAGAAACGUAUAAAGACAAUAAUCAAAAUUCAUCAAAAAUAGCCCAAAUUAAUUUUGUAGAUGACCAAUGUAUUAUUGUAAAAGAAGUGUCAACCUAUGAGUCAGAAACUAGUUUAUCACUUGAUAGUAAACCUGAAAAUGUAAAGGCUGUACCAGUAUUUACUGGUCAUGAUGUGGCUGAGACAUUAGAAAUAAUUUCAAAUGAUGCCGUUGAAAAAUUAAGUAUACAAAAAUAUAAAAAUAAUAAUGCAAAAUUAAAACACGUACCAUACGAAGCAAUUGUAUCAGAAGUCACAUCUGUAAAUGAGUUAGAAGACAUUUUACUGAAUAAAGAAAAGAAACAGCUAAAAAAUGUAAACAUUAAAAUUGACGAGGUUAUUGGUGUAAAUAUUACAGAACAGCCUGUUUACGAAAAAGAAAAAACUUCGAUUGAACAAAAAGUAUUUAUAAGUAAAAAGGCUAGUACUGAAUUUGUUCCAAUAGAGAUUGCUGAUCGCUCAGAAAUUGUUACGGGAGAUUAUACUUUGGAUUUGAUACAACCCGAGGUAUCUGAAUCGCAUGCAUAUCAUCAACCUAGUACAUUUGAAAGUGUUAUUUUGUAUGAAACUAAUAUAUCUGAAAAAGAACAAGAGAUGACUGAAGUCAAAAGUCCAUUAGUAUGUACAGCAAAUAAAUCUUUGAUAGUAGAUGAAGCAAUAGAAGUUACAGAAAUAAUUUCUGACAUUAAACCAGAAGAUAUUUUUAUUUCCAUAUUGCCUGAAGAAAAAACAGCCAAAACUAACAUUAUACCAUUUAAACCUCUUGAGAGUCAAAAUAUAACGACUUGUGAAAAUGUGGAGACAGUGAAAAAUCAAAGUCCACUGUCUGGGGUUGCCCAUAUAUCUCAAAAACCGUUUCAUGGUUUAGAAACAAGUUUAAUAAUAUUAACAGAUUCAGAAAAUAAGUUGUCUGAUUUUGUGAUGCCAAAUACAAAAAAAGCAGAGACUAAUUAUAGUGACUUAGAUAUUCCGAUUAGUGUAGUUGAAAUUUUAACGCAAGAUAAAGAGUUAGAUUUUAAAGGUCAAGAAAUUCCAUCACAUACAUUAGACAAACAAGAAAUAAUCUUAGAAGAAUGUCGGGUUACAUCAGAAACAAUGGUAUGUAGUUCUACUAGUGAUUUUGAUGAAAUUAUACCACAAUCAGUUUAUGCUUUGCCGUCUAAAAGCACUCAAAUGGCAAUUGAGUCAAUAGAAACCGCUCAUCUUGAAAAAGAAGGAGAUUUGGUGGACGAUCAUAUAUUUUCAAAGAAACAUGCAGAUUUCACAUAUGAAGAAGUAAAGAGUAUUCAAAUAACUGAACAAGUUAAACUCGAAACCAAGCAAGAAUUAAUAAUUGAAAGUAUACCUGCGGAUAUAAAAAGUAAAACAACGAUUACAGGACAAGAUGUUGCGGAAACAUUUGAGACUAAAGUAGAAAGUCCAAUUGAAGAAUUAAAAAUAGAAUUUCCAAAAGAAAAAUCAGCUAAAACUAUUCAAGCAAAUGAAGUUCAUAGUGUUGAAGUAUCAGAAAUUAUUACACAAGAAAAAGAAUCUUCAUUAGAUGAUAAUAAAAAAUACAACACAAAAAAAGUGAACGUUUUAGUUGAAGAUAACUCAGGAACGUAUAUGGUUACUGAAAUAUUUCCCAAAGAAAGAGAAAUCCAAUUUAUAGAAAAAUCUCAACCUAUUUAUCGACAUGCUGAACAAGAUAUUUUAAGUCAUGAAGGAUUACAAAUUAACGAAACAAAUAUUUCAAUUUGUGAAAAACAGUUAAGUGAUUUAGAGUAUUCAACUAAAUUAGGCAAUCAAGUUAUAGAACCCCUCGAAUGCAUUGAAAUAUCUGAAAUAAAUGUUCUAGAACCAGAAUAUAAUUUACCUAAAUUACUUCAUCCAAAAAUGGAAAAUGCAGUUCAUAGUUUAAAUGAAAAUGUAGGUCUUAUAAUAAAUUCUACAGUAAUUAAUGAUAAAGAAAAUGAACUUAAAAUCGAUAAAUUAAGUACAAAGAUUGCAACUAAAGUUUCAAAUUUAAUUGACUAUAAAGUUCCUCAAAAAUCUGAGAAUAAUACUUUAGAAAGUGUUGAACUUUUAAAAUAUAUUAAAGAAGAUGAAUAUCAAGCGUCAUCUGAACACAUAUUAUUGGAAGGCAUAAGUACAACUGUAGUUAAUUCACAAGAUAAAGAAAUUCCAUUUGAACAAUUAACGAAGUCAACAGGAAAAUCUGCCUCUCUAGAAUACGAAAUGGAACAAAACUUAGAUGUAACUGAAGUGUGUUUAGGAGAAUCAGAAACAGAUUUAAUUCCUAUGUUUUUACCAUCAAGUCACAUUGCUGCAAGUGAUAUGUCGGAAACCCAACAAGUUGCAUCCAGUUUUGAAGUUACCCCACAAAAUUCUACUCACAAUUUAUGUGCCCAAUCAAUGCCAUCUGGUAUUUCUAUAAUUCCUAAAUCCACAGAAUCACAUAGUCUUGAAGUAACUGAAACUUUGUAUCACGAAACUGAAAAACCAUUUAAAUCGGUUGAAAAUGUAUUAAAGACUUGCAAUCUUACAAUUCAAAUGGACCAAAAUGUUGAGAUAACAGAAAUUGUAACGAAUGAAUCAGAGAAACCAUUAGAUUUAUUUGACAAAAAUAGAGGUUCAGAAGCGAGUAUAGUAUUUGAUGAAAAUCAGUCUGUUUCAAUCGAAGAGAUAGAAACUUCUGACGAUGUUGUUCCGCUAACUAAAAAUGUGCCCAAAUCAUUAAGUGCAAUACAACAGAUAGAACCACAAUUAGGAAUCGUGGUUACUGAAGUUAGAACAGAAGAAAAUGAGAUUGAACAUGAAACACAAAUACAACCCUCAUUAAAACAUGUUUCACAAAUAUUGCCUGAAAAUCUUAGUUUGAAUGUGACUUCCACUGUUAUAGUUGAAAAAGAAAGUAUAUUAAAUAAAUCUAAGAAAGAAAUUCAACAAAAUGCACAAGUUUAUUCUGUAUACAGCCCUAUGAAAGUUGUUCAAUCAGAAGAAAAUUUUAUAGAAAUGAGUUUAACCGAUUUAAAGACUACUACACCAAGUGAAAUAUUUUUAGAAUCUUCACAAAUUCCUUAUGAUUCAAUUAAUCAAUUAGAAAUAAGAUCAUUCGAAAAAGAAAGUGAAUUAAAAGUGACUACAAAUGAGAAAAAGGAAGUGGCAACAAUUAAUAUGGAUACUAUUAAUAUACUUGACACAACAGAAAUCAUUACAGGUGAAAAAGAAUCUAUUUAUACACCUUUAACGAAACCUAUUACAAAACAAGCUUUAAUUGAUAUAACUGAAAGUCGACCAGUAAGUAAAACUUUUGAAAUAAAACCAGAAGAUAUAACAAAAGAAUUACAAAUUCCUAAUGUCAAAUCAUGUAAAAUAACACCAGCUCAAGAAGUUGUCCAUGGUGUUGUUGUUGUUGAACAUUUGGGUCAUGAUAAAGUAGAAAAAUUUGAAGGGGAAUACAAACCAACGAUCUUAGCUGCUAACAUAAACGUAGAAAAAGAAAAAGAGACGAAGACUAUAACUGAAGUUAUAACUCAUGAAAUGGAAGGCCAAGUUAAGAAUAUAAAUAUGCCAACGUCUAAAAAUGCUCACAUAGAAAUAAGUUCUGGGCAAGAGAUAGCAGAAAAAAUAGAAAUAUUACCAAACAUUGCAUUAGGAUCAUUGAAUAAUUUUGUAACUAAAACAUCAACUGCUCUUCUAGUACAAGAUACGUUUGAUAGUAUUCAGUCUACAAUAACUACAACCGAGGACAAAGAAAAUCCAUUCAGUUCUGAUUUAGUUUACCAAAAAUCUAAUGCUGACAUUAAUAUUGAAGAAUCAAAAAGUAUAAAUAUAACUGAAGUAAUUGUGGAUGAUACAGAAGAGAAAUAUAUUUCUCCAGAAUUACCAUUAACGAAAAACGCUGGAAAAUCUAUUUUACCAAAUGAAGUAGUAGAAGCAUCUAUUGUAUUAGCUGAUGAAAACUUAAGAACAUUUCAUAAAUUUAAAACAAAAGAAGAAUCAGCUAAUGUUUUACUCGAAACACAUUCAAAUAUAUCUCAAACUGAAACCACUGUACAAGAAAGUGAAAUAUAUCUUGAACCCGUUGAACUGAUAUCGAAUAAAGCUGAAAUUACAAUGAUUCCUAAUAAUAGUUUAACAAUAACAGAAAUAAUAACUGAUGAUAAUGAUCAAAAAUUAAAUAUUAAAAAAGAACAUAAACCACAACAAAUUAUUACAUCAUUAUCAAAAUUACAUGGAGUUCCACAAGUGUCAGAAACUAUCUCAUCAAUUACAACUAGUAAUGUAAUUAUUCCUGUAAUUGAUAGCAAUUAUGCAUUGGUUUCACAAUCAGAACUUUAUGACACAGUGAUGUUAACUGAAAUAAAUGCGUUAGAAAAAGAAAAAUUGUUUACCCAAAAACCCAAAUUUGAAAAUUUUAAAGCAGAAAUUAAGUUUAAAGAAGAUAAAUCAUUAAAUGUCUUUGAAACCGUAUUAAACGAUAAUGAAAAGCCAUUAAAAAUAAAUGAACCUUUAAAAAAACAGGCAUCAUUAAUUAAACCAACAUUUGAUGUUCCUACGAUAUCUGAACAUACGUUGGUUGAAACUGAAAUUAAUCUUGAAUCAACGAUAGUACCAAAAGAACAAAUGGUUAAUAUAUCAUUUGAAAAUAAUAUAAAUGUUCAGGUGUCUGAAGCAAAUGCUAUAGAAACGGAAAGUGAUUUUUUAACAACAAUUCAAAAUUCAGAAACUGCCACUAUACCUGAAUUAAUACUACAACCGGUUGCAAAUGUUACGGAAGUUAUAACUAGCUUUAAUGUUCAAAAUUUACCACAACCGAAUCAAACUGAAUAUAACAAUGCUAGCGCAAUCCAUUCAACAUUUAAUAGCCUAUUACAAACAAAAGUUGAAAUAUCAGAAUCAGAAGUUAAUUUAAAAAAACUAAAAAGUAUAGAAGAAAAGGCAUCAGUAAAAACUGAAACAUUAGAAAAUAUCAUAAUAACAGAACCGGAAAUAUCUGAAAAAGAGGGAACACUUGAAGCACCAGAGAAAAUUGAUUUGAGACAUGCCCAAAUUUCAUUGGAAGAAGAAAAAUCUUGUAUAAUUAUUUCGAAUAUAGUAAGUGAAGAUAAAGAAUUUGAAUUCACAGAAGGACAAAAACGUAAAAGUUCAGUUGCAAAAAUUACAUUAGAUAAUUUAAUGGCAAUCACUAACACUGAGCAAAAUGUAUCUGAAAAAGAAGGUACAUUAAACAUUCGGAAUCCAAAAGAUGAAACUGCAAAUAUGACAUUCGAAGAUUUUCAAUCAGGAAUUAUAGUCUCAAACGUUUUACCCGAAUGCAAAGAAGAAAAAUUAAAAAUUAAAAAUACAACAUAUUCUACUGCAACAUUUGUUACAGACAAUUAUGAAAGCUUAAUCCAAAAUGAACAAAUAGUAAAUGAAAAAGAGGAAUUUACAAUACCUGAACAAAUACCAGAUUCAACAACUGCAUCCGUCACAGUUGAAAAUGGAAAAAUAGGAGCAGUUAUAUCUGAAGUUAUAAGUGGUGACAGAGAAAGCGCAAUACAUACAACAAAAGCAAGAAAAAAAUCAAAAGCAUUAAUAUCAACCGAAGAACUAAAACCAUUAGUAACAACAGAGACACAACUAUUAUCAAACACCGAAGAAAUGAAAUUACCAAACAAAAUUUCUGACAAAUCUGCAAAAAUAAAAUUAGACGAACUAAAACACAUAACAAUUCAAGAACUAGUUCCCAACGAAAAAGAAUUAAAAAUGAAACAAAUAAAUCCAAUUCAAUACAAUAUAACACCAACAUAUUUAGAACUAAUACCAUUGGAAUCAAGUCAAACACACUCAGAAAUAAAACCAAUUCAAUCUGAAGGUGAUAAAAUAGUCAAAUAUACUGCAACAAAAGGUAAACCUCAAAUAAACAGAAGUAUCAAAAUCAACGAAGAUAUAUUAUUAGAAUCAGCCGCUGACCUAAGACAAGAAGCAAUAAACCGACAGAGAGCAUCAAUCACUGAUAUACCAUUGAGCACAGAUGAACCAAGUACUGAUAGUUUAAAAGAAGAUUUUAUUGACGAAAACAUCGAAUUUUCCUUAAAUUCAACUGAAAGUAUACCUGUAACAAAUCUUGUGGAUACUUCAUUAAUUGAACAAACCAAAGUUAUCGAUAACAUUCAAACACCUACUUUUAAUGAAGUAGAUAUAAAAGAAGCUUUUAUGACUUUGAAACCAAGAAAAAGAAUGUCAUUAACUGAUGAAGAAGAAGUUGUUAAUGUUACUUAUAUUCCAAAACAGUCCAAGCCUAAAGAAGUUAUAGAACAAGAAUUUAGCAUAAAAGCUCACACUUAUGAAGAGGAAGAAAUUUCUAUGACAGGCAACGUAAAAUUACAUAGAAAGUCAACAGUGGAAUCUCCUGAACAAUCUUUAACUAUUAAUGAAAUUGGAAUUAAUCAAAAUAAUGAAGAAGAUCUUGAAAAACCUUAUGUACAUACAGAAGAAAUACGUAAUUCUGCAGAUGAAUUUCCACAAGAAAUAAUUGGAGAACCUAUAAUAAUUGAAGAAUGUACUAUAGAUAAACCUUCAACAGAGAUAUUACACGAUGAUCAAAGUAUAUCUGUUAUACCAGAUGUAAAAGUUGAACCUAUACGUAAACAAUCAAUUAAAAAAGAAGAAGCAACAGUUGAGAUAACUUCCAAAAAAGUCAAACCUAUAGUAUCAGAAGAGGAACAGCCUUUAGAGGAAAUUGAAAUCAAAAUUAAACAUCAAAGUAAACCUUCCCUUAAGAAACCGGAAGAAAGUUCUAUUGUAGUUAAACGACUAAAGAAAAAAGAAGAAAAGCCACAAGAACCAACUGAAGAAGUUAUUUCUAUUAAAGAAAUAAAAGAUAAACCAGAAGAAAUUCAACCGAUAUCUGAAACAGUUGAUGUGCAAAUAGAACCUAAACGUAAACCAUCGAUUAAAAAUGAAGAAGCUGCAGAUGAGAUAACUAUUGAAAAAGUUGAAACUAUCGUACAAGAAGAACUGCCCUUAGAGGAAGUUGAGGUUAAAUUAAAACCCAAACGAAAACCUUCUCUUAAAAAGGAAAUUAAAGAGAAAUCACCCGAAGAAAGUUCUGUUGUAGUUAAACGACCAAAGAAAAAAGAGGCAGUACCACAAGAACAAGAACCAACUGAAAAAAUUAUUUCUAUUAAAGAAAUAAAAGAAAAACCAGAAGAAAUUCAACCGAUAUCUGAAACGGUUGAUGUGAAAAUAGAACCUAAACGUAAACCAUCGAUUAAAAAUGAAGAAGCUGCAGAUGAGAUAACCAUUGAAAAAGUUGAAACUAUCGUACAAGAAGAACAGCCCUCAGAGGAAGUUGAGGUUAAAUUAAAACCCAAACGAAAACCUUCUCUUAAAAAAGAAAUUAAAGAGAAAUCACCCGAAGAAAGUUCUGUUGUAGUUAGACGACCAAAGAAAAAAGAGGCAGUACCACAAGAACAAGAACCAACUGAAGAAAUUAUUUCUAUUAAAGAAAUAAAAAAUAAACCAGAAGAAAUUCAACCAAUAUCUGAAACGGUUGAUGUGAAAAUAGAACCUAAACGUAAACCAUCGAUUAAAAAUGAAGAAGCUGCAGAUGAGAUAACCAUUGAAAAAGUUGAAACUAUCGUACAAGAAGAACAGCCCUCAGAGGAAGUUGAGGUUAAAUUAAAACCCAAACGAAAACCUUCUCUUAAAAAGGAAAUUAAAGAAAAAUCACCUGAAGAAAGUUCUGUUGUAGUUAAACGCCCAAAGAAAAAAGAGACAGUACCACAAGAACAAGAACCAACUGAAGAAGUCUUUAUUAUUAAAGAAUUAAAAGAUAAACCAGAAGAAAUUCAACAGAUAUCUGAAACGGUUGAUGUGAAAAUAGAAACUAAACGUAAACCAUCAAUUAAAAAAGAGGAAGCUGUAGAUGAGAUAACUAUUGAAAAAGUUGAAACUAUCGCACAAGAAGAAGUACAACCCUCAGAGGAAGUUGAGGUUAAAUUAAAACCCAAACGAAAACCUUCUCUUAAAAAGGAAAUUAAAGAGAAAUCACCUGAAGAAAGUUCUGUUGUAGUUAAACGCCCAAAGAAAAAAGAGGCAGUACCACAAGAACAAGAACCAACUGAAGAAGUCUUUAUUAUUAAAGAAAUAAAAGAUAAACCAGAAGAAAUUCAACAGAUAUCUGAAACGGUUGAUGUGAAAAUAGAAACUAAACGUAAACCAUCAAUUAAAAAUGAAGAAGCUGCAGAUGAGAUAACUAUUAAAAAAAACGAAACUAUCGUACAAGAAGAAGAACAGCCCUCAGAGGAAGUUGAGGUCAAACUAAAACCUAAACGUAAACCUUCUCUUAAGAAAGAAACUAAAGAGCAGUCACCCGAAGAAAGUUCUUUUGUUGUUAAACGACCAAAGAAAAAAGAAGAAGUGCCACAAGAACAAGAACCAACUGAAGAAGAAUUUACUAUUAAAGAAAUAAAAGAUAAACCAGAAGAAAUUCAACAGAUAUCUGAAACGGUUGAUGUGAAAAUAGAAACUAAACGUAAACCAUCAAUUAAAAAUGAAGAAGCUGCAGAUGAGAUAACUAUUAAAAAAGUCGAAACUAUCGUACAAGAAGAAGAACAGCCCUCAGAGGAAGUUGAGGUCAAACUAAAACCUAAACGUAAACCUUCUCUUAAGAAAGAAACUAAAGAGCAGUCACCCGAAGAAAGUUCUUUUGUUGUUAAACGACCAAAGAAAAAAGAAGAAGUGCCACAAGAACAAGAACCAACUGAAGAAGAAUUUACUAUUAAAGAAAUAAAAGAUAAACCAGAAGAAAUUCAACAGAUAUCUGAAACGGUUGAUGUGAAAAUAGAAACUAAACGUAAACCAUCAAUUAAAAAUGAAGAAGCUGCAGAUGAGAUAACUAUUAAAAAAGUCGAAACUAUCGUACAAGAAGAAGAACAACCCUCAGAGGAAGUUGAGGUCAAACUAAAACCUAAACGAAAACCUUCUCUUAAGAAAGAAACUAAAGAGCAGUCACCCGAAGAAAGUUCUUUUGUUGUUAAACGACCAAAGAAAAAAGAAGAAGUGCCACAAGAACAAGAACCAACUGAAGAAGAAUUUACUAUUAAAGAAAUAAAAGAUAAACCAGAAGAAAUUCAACAGAUAUCUGAAACGGUUGAUGUGAAAAUAGAAACUAAACGUAAACCAUCAAUUAAAAAUGAAGAAGCUGCAGAUGAGAUAACUAUUAAAAAAGUCGAAACUAUCGUACAAGAAGAAGAACAACCCUCAGAGGAAGUUGAGGUCAAACUAAAACCUAAACGAAAACCUUCUCUUAAGAAAGAAACUAAAGAGCAGUCACCCGAAGAAAGUUCUUUUGUUGUUAAACGACCAAAGAAAAAAGAAGAAGUGCCACAAGAACAAGAACCAACUGAAGAAGAAUUUACUAUUAAAGAAAUAAAAGAUAAACCAGAAGAAAUUCAACAGAUAUCUGAAACGGUUGAUGUGAAAAUAGAAACUAAACGUAAACCAUCAAUUAAAAAUGAAGAAGCUGCAGAUGAGAUAACUAUUAAAAAAGUCGAAACUAUCGUACAAGAAGAAGAACAGCCCUCAGAGGAAGUUGAGGUCAAACUAAAACCUAAACGUAAACCUUCUCUUAAGAAAGAAACUAAAGAGCAGUCACCCGAAGAAAGUUCUUUUGUUGUUAAACGACCAAAGAAAAAAGAAGAAGUGCCACAAGAACAAGAACCAACUGAAGAAGAAUUUACUAUUAAAGAAAUAAAAGAUAAACCAGAAGAAAUUCAACAGAUAUCUGAAACGGUUGAUGUGAAAAUAGAAACUAAACGUAAACCAUCAAUUAAAAAUGAAGAAGCUGCAGAUGAGAUAACUAUUAAAAAAGUCGAAACUAUCGUACAAGAAGAAGAACAGCCCUCAGAGGAAGUUGAGGUCAAACUAAAACCUAAACGUAAACCUUCUCUUAAGAAAGAAACUAAAGAGCAGUCACCCGAAGAAAGUUCUUUUGUUGUUAAACGACCAAAGAAAAAAGAAGAAGUGCCACAAGAACAAGAACCAACUGAAGAAGAAUUUACUAUUAAAGAAAUAAAAGAUAAACCAGAAGAAAUUCAACAGAUAUCUGAAACGGUUGAUGUGAAAAUUGAACCUAAACGUAAACCCUCAUUUAAAAAAGAAGAAGCGGCAGAUGAGAUAACUAUUGUUAAAGAAGAAGAACAACCCAUAGAGGAAAUUGAGGUCAAAUUAAAAUCUAAACGUAAACCUUCUCUUAAAGAUCAAUCUAAAGAGAAAUCUCCCGAUGAAGCUUCUGUUAUAGUUAAACGUCCGAAGAAAAAAUUAGAAAAACCGAUAGAAGUAGAUGAGACUGAUGAUGUGUAUACAUUUAAAAAAACACUAGAGAAGCCUCGGAUGUUGAACGAUGAAUUCUCUGAAACUGUAGAAUUUAAAGUAAAACCUAAACAAAGUUCGUCGUCUUAUAAUGUGGAUGAAGGAACUGAGGAGUUAUUUAAAAUUGAUUUAAAACCCAAAAAGGAAUUACAAGAUAUAAUUAUUUACGAAGAAGAGUCGUUAGAUUUUAAGGUUAAACGAAAACCUUCUAUACAGUCUUUCAGCCAAGAUGGAGCUGAGCUGAAAAUAGUUCAAGAAAAAGACGUUUUUUUGAAGGAUAAUAACAUUUUACAAGAAGAUAGUCAUGAUGGUGAAAUAAUGUUUGCAAUCCGCUCAUAUAUUGCUGAAAAUGAAGAUGCUUUAGACUUAGUUGAAGGAGAAAAAGUUUAUAUUAUAGAAAGCAAUAACCAAGAUUGGUGGUUUGUUAAAAAACAUUUAACGGAAGAAAAAGGCUGGGUUCCUUCUAUUUAUUUAAGAGAUGAAUCCAGCUACAUGCGGUACGUGCAAAAGAAAUUACACGAAAAGAUUGAUAAACUGCCAAUUUUCCAAAGACAUGCUUCAAAUGAAAAACCUUCAGCUCCACGUUUUGUAGAAAAACUUCAACCCAAGCAUGUACCAGAUGGUGGUACCGUUCAGUUUGAGUGUCAUGUAGAAGGAAAUCCUAGACCACAAAUUACAUGGUUUAGACAAACGGCAAUAAUUAAACCAUCUCAAGAUUUCCAAAUAUUCUAUGAUGAAGAUAAUGUUGCAACGUUAAUAAUAAGAGAAGUUUUUCCUGAAGAUGCAGGUACAUUCACUUGUGUUGCUAAAAAUAUAGCCGGAUUUGCAUCUAGUACAACAGAAUUAACCGUUGAAGCACCAUUAUCAGACCAUGGCUCUGAUGUAACAGGUCUUUCCAGAAAGAGCAUGUCUAGAGAAUCAUCAUUAGCUGAUAUACUAGAAGGUAUACCCCCUACAUUUUCUCGUAAACCAAAAGCCACAUGUACACCAGAGCAUUCAGAUGUUAUACUUGAAUGUCGUCUUGUAGCUGUGCCAGAGCCAGACAUAUUUUGGCAUUAUAAUGGUAGAGAAAUUUCGAUAACCGAUUCUAUAAAAGUGAAUACAUACUCAGAUAUGCACUUCUACGUGAGCAGCAUUAAAAUUAAUGACGUUCUAAAGACUCAAGAAGGUAUAUACACUGUAAUAGCAAGAAAUAGAGAAGGUGAGGCUAAAAUGGAUUUAGUGCUCAAAGUAAAAACUGGUUUACCAGAGAAACCACAAAUACUUGAACCUCUUUACGAUAUAACUAUAAAUGAGGGUGAGACUGCAGUGUUAAGUACUCAAAUUAGUGGAGAGCCACAGCCUAUGGUUGAAUGGCUAAAAAACAGUAAAAAAAUAACUGAUAUCAAAACUGUUGUGACCAAAGAUGGAGUCCAUUCAUUAACCAUCAAUAAUCCAACUCCUCGUGAUUCCGCUAAAUACACUGUAAUAGCUUCAAACAAACUUGGUAGUGCACAAACUACGUGUUUCCUGGCAGUUGAAGAACUCCCUGGACCACAAGCGCCAUUGUUUAUUGAACGUUUCCAAGAACAAACCGUCAAAGAAAAAGGAACUAUUACAUUGAUUGCUAAGGUAACCGGAAAUCCAGUUCCAAUAGUUUCUUGGUUUAGAAAUAAUAAACCAUUACUUGCUUCGUCCAAGAAAAAAGAAGUAUUUGAUGGGGAAAAUAUAGUUUUGGAAAUCAUAAAUGCCGAUAGUGAAGAAGAUGCCGGCGACUACAAAUGUGUAGCAUCAAACACAUUCGGCACCGCCACACAUGGUGCUAGGGUGUCGGUUGAUGUACCACAAGUGAAAUUCACGCAACCACUGUCAGAUAUAGAAGUUGAUGAAAAACAAUCAAUUUAUUUGGAAUGUGAAACAUCACACACAGUUUCCACAAAAUGGCAAUUGAACGGCAAAGACCUCACUGGUAUGGACCAUCGAGAAUUGCACCAAGAAGGACGAUUCCAUCGGUUAAUUAUCAAAAAGUCGAGCGUUCUUGAUUCCGGAAAAUACACUUGUUUGGUUAAAGACCAGAUUACUUCCUGCACAGUAGUAGUUCACGACGUAAAAGCAGAAUUCGUUAAGAAACUUGAAGAUGUAGAAGUAAAAGAGAACGAUUGUGCAAUAUUGGAGGCAGAAGUUUCUUCGGAAACUGUGAAUGUUACUUGGCACAAGAAUGGCGAAAUGCUUACGGAUGGUAUGAAAAAUAAAAUAUUCUUUGAAAAGGAAGGUCAAACACGUAAGCUAAUUAUUCGAAGCAUAUCUGUUCACGAUGACGGCGAAUAUACGUGUUCGUUGGGUGAACAAGAAUGUACAGCAGAAAUAAAUGUUAUAGAACUUGCACCGCAAAUAAUAAAAAAACUAAAAGAUCAAAAAGUGGCUACUGGUGAACAAGUGUUAUUUGAAAUAGAAUUAACUAAGGGUGAUGCUUUAGUUAAAUGGACAAAGGAUGGCAAAGAAUUACACUUAAAUGAUAAUGUAAGAUUAACCAUCGAUGGAAAACGACAGAAAUUAGAGAUAGUCAAAGCUACAAGAACUGAUACUGGAGUUUAUGGAUGUCAAGUUCAUGAACAAACUUGUACAGCAAAAUUAACUGUCGAAGAACCAAGAGCCAGUUUUGUAAAAAAAUUACCUGAUAUCACACUCGCCGUUCAAGGUAGUGAUAUUAAACUAACAGUCGAGCUUUCCAAACCGGAUGUACCAGUAAAAUGGCUAAGAUCAGGUAAAGUGAUUAAAGAAUCAGACAAAUAUGAAAUUAUUUCUGAAGGAGCCGUCCACACUCUAGUUAUUAAAAAACCUACUACUGAUGAUGAAGCAGAAUAUAUUUGUACGGCUGUGAACGUAAAAACAUCAACGAAAUUAAAAGUUGAAGUUAAAGAAGAACCGCCCAAAAUAAAUAACCUUCCAAAAGAAUAUCGUUUGAAAAAUGGGGAAGAUCUAAACGUGAAUGUAACAUUUACAUCAACAAUGAUGCCGACAGUAGAAUGGUUUAUCAACGGAAGCGUCCUCAUAAAAUCAAAUAGAGUGUCCUAUUCUAUUAGUGAAUCAUCAGUGAGUUUAACUAUAACGAAGAUCGAAGAAGUAGACACCGGUGUCUUAACAUUAAAAUUAAAAAAUAUUUAUGGGGAAACUACAGCAGACAUGGGCAUCGUUGUUAUCAAAUUACCUGGUGAACCGGGAGUUCCGGACGUUAUAGAAGUCACAGACACUUCUGUCACUCUUCAUUGGAAACCUCCACAAUUUGAUGGAAAUUCGCCAAUUGAAGGUUACGUUGUUGAAUAUCAUGACAAAGAUGAAUUUAUGGUAUGGCAUAAGGUACAAGUAAUAGAUACCACACAUGAAGUUAUAAAUUUAGUAACUGGACAUGAAGUAAUGUUCAAAGUGGCAGCGAUUAACUGCGCUGGAAUAGGACCGGCAUCGCACAAUACAAAAUAUGUUAAGAUGGCAAGUCCAGGGUCAUUUACUCCACCUGUCAUUCAGGAACCCUUAUCUGACUUAUCAAUUGGAAUGGGUAAAUCGGCAGUUCUUCAGUGUGUUAUUACUGGAAAACCCACUCCAGAUAUUAAAUGGCUUAAGAACAAAACCAUAUACAAAACAAAGACAACGUCCUUUGAAAACCAUGUGGCUAAGUUGAUGAUCGCCGAGUGCAAUGAAUCUACACCAGGAACUUACACGUGCCAAGCGACCAACGGAGCAGGUACUGCGCAAACAUCGUGCAAACUCAGCGUACAAGAUGUACCUAAAAUUGAAGUCCAUGAAUCGGAGACUUCACAAAUGAUUAGAGUGCGAAAUCAAUGGAAGGUCAAAGCUACGUACAAAGGUUAUCCAAAGCCAACCAUUUCGUGGCAGAAGAACAGUCUACCAUUACCAGUGUCUGAUAAACACAUAAGUGUAUACAACGACGAAGACGAAUGGUCAUCGACAAUAGCUAUUUACUCAGUGGAAAGACCGGACACUGGCGUGUAUACAAUUACCGCGUCGAACGCGGCCGGCACGGCUACGUGCAAUCUGAACCUCAAAGUUAUUGAGCCGGCUAAGGACGAUAAACCAAGCGCACCACAAGGUCCAAUGCGCAUUAAAGAAAUAAAUUCGGACUCUGUGACAAUCGAGUGGAACAAACCAUCCGAUGACGGUGGUUUGGACAUAUCAUCAUACCAGAUUGAAAGGUGCAACGUUGGUAAGAUGAUCUGGUCUAAGGUAGCCGACGUAGACCAUGACGUAUCAGCAUACAGCGUGCAAAAGUUACACGAAGACGCGGAGUACAUGUUUAGGGUUUGCGCUCAAAACGCUGUUGGCGCAUCAGACUUUUUGGAUAGCGAACCUGUUACCGUUAAGUGUCGAUACCAUAAACCGUCGGCACCACAGGGUCCAUUACAGAUCACGGGUGUGACAGAUACAUCUUUGACAAUCGCUUGGUUACCACCUUUCGAUAAUGGUGGAAUAGCAAUCGAGGACUAUUGCGUAGAAAUCAAGGAAGUAGACAAAAAAGCUUGGAGAAAGAUAAGUUCCACAAAAGAUUUACACUUAAAGGUGUCGGAAUUGAAGAAAGGAUCGUCCUACGACAUCAGGAUUAUCGCUAGGAAUCACGUUGGAUACGGGAAACCGUAUCAACCAGACGAACCGAUUGUGGCCGGCAAGCGCAUAAGCUUUAGAAAUGGAAUAUCCGAUGAAACAUUAUACGUACUUAUGGGAAUAUUCCCAACCAAAUCAAGAGCUUCUGCUUCGCCGUCCCCGCCCACGGAAUUUACUGUGAGUGACAUUACCAGCAAAACCGUUACGUUACAUUGGGGACUACCAGAAAGUAAUGGUGGAUCUGAAAUCACAGGUUAUGUUAUUGAAAAACAGUUGAACACGACGAACAAAUGGUUCAAAGUAGCUACGCUAGAACCGACUACAAUGAAAUAUUGCGUAGAAAACUUGAAAGAAAAAUCGGAAUAUUAUUUCAAGAUUUAUGCGGAAAAUUGCAUCGGCCUAAGUCAACCGGUCGAAACGAAAUUAGUCAGUCUGUUAACCCAUGCCACCGUACCCUCGCCUCCCACUGCUCCGCUUGAAGUUCGAAACCUGAGUUCCAACGCAGUGAUAGUAGAAUGGGGUGUACCGGAAACGGACGGCGGUGCACCGCUGCUGGGUUAUAACAUAGCAAUUCGGGACGAGAAGAAAACUAUGUGGAUGGAAGUUGGACGUGUGGACGCGGACGUACAAAAAUUCAAUAUCAAAGAUUUACAGGAGAACCAUAGGUAUCACAUUAGGAUAUUGGCUAAAAACGAAGUGGGCGUCAGUGAGCCCCUAGAAACUGAAGAACCGUACACUGUGCAAAAACCGACAGAUUAUUACGAGUCGGACGUUGAAGAAUCGGUCAUGGAGUCCAAACCGUCUCUGACGCAAACGUCGGAAACCACUACGUCAUGGCUCAGAGACAACAAUAUGGACGCUGACAUAUCGUCAUAUUCGAAUGCUGCGUUAUUGAAGAGGAGUGAAUACUUUUUCCGCAUUUGGUAUUACGCGAGAACAUUAUUCAAAUAAUAGACACGCAUCAUUAUUGUUUUUAUUAUUAUUAUUAUUAUUAUUACCUAUUUUUAUUAUGACCUAUUAUCCUUUAUUAUUAGGUACCUAUUUUUAUUGUUAAACUAACGCCAACAUACGAAUGAGGUGAAAAUGUUUAGUAUCGACGUUCCCUGAGUCGAGACGAGACGUUUUCACCAAUUUCUAUGUUAUUGUUUUUUUUUUUUUAAAUGAUUGUGAUAAAAAAAUUUCUUUUUAAUUUUAGUUUUUUAGUUUAAUGAUUCCCUACCCUUUCCAAAUCCCUGUUAUUAAUUAUCUAAUAUGUGUUUUAAUUUAUAGAAAAAAGUGGUGGUAACUUAAAUUACGUAUUGUUUAUAAAUUAAUUCACAUGUAAUCUUUAAAUUGUUAUUAAAAUAUAAAUGUAUAGCUAUAAUAGCUGUACCUAUAUUAACUAUAUUAUUGUACUCCCUAUUAUUUUAGUAUUAAGGAAUAUAUGUAUAUUUAAAUAAAUAUAUAUUUUUUUAAUUACCUAUAA